ACGCCUGCGCGGUGCUGUCUCCAGCUCGGCGCCUGCGCUGUACGGCGCUCUAGCACUCUGAGGGAAGAGGGGUAAUUGCAGCCCCGGCGGUUGUUGUCGUCGCUGACGCCGACGCCGCUUGGAGAAGCGCGUCCUCUUCCCUCCUUACCGGGCCUGGCCUCCCCCCAACCCCCAGUGAGAAAGGAGGAGGAGUAAGCGGCGCUGUCCGGUAAGGACCGAGCGGGGUUCAGAGUUGGGGGGCGGCGAAGGGAAAGGGAACGGAAACGCCCCCCUCACCCCCCAAGAACGACCUCCCUCCUCUGAGGCGGGGCGGAGGGUCGCCGCCGUUGUCUUGGCCGCCCAGGCCUGGCGCGGGGUCCGCCGUCCGCUCCCUCCAGGGUCUUGUUUGUGCUCUUCCCCACCCCCGUGUUCCGCCUCUGGUCUUUCCUCACACGAUGUCUCUUUCCCCCCCCUCCAGUUACUCCUAUUUACAUGUCAUUUCUCCGUCCUUCGUAAGCCGCCUCGACCCUCUGUAGAAAGGCGGGGUAUGGUGACUGUGAUUAUUAUUGUUGUUGUUUGUUACAUGUCUUUCCCACUUUUCUGCCAAGGAGUUCACGGUACUGUAUAUGGGAUUAGCAUCAGCUCCCAUCCCCAGUCCCUGGCUACGGGUACGAACAUUUCCCUCUUCUGCUCCUGCCCGAAGCACCUACAGUGCUUUUUUCCACAUGCUUUCAGUAACGUUUGGAAAGCUGAGUAGGCUUUUAUUAUUUAUUUGCUACAUUUACACCCCACCUUCUCCCCCACCCCAGGAGCUCAAGGUGGUGUACAUGGUUCACCCCCCCCCCCCAAUUUUAACCUCACAACAACCCUGUGAGGUCGGUUAGGUUGAGAGUGAAUGGCUGGUCCAAGGUGAGCUUAGUGGUCAAGUGGGGAUUUGAAGCCAGGUCUUCUAGAUCUUAGUCUGACACUAACACUGGAUCUCUUCUUAUCCUCAUCAUAAUUUACUCCCCCUUCACCCUAAGGCCUCGGGUUGGUUUACAGCAAUUUUAAAAUGUAUGAAAGAUAGUUUAAAACAACUUUUAAAGAUUACAGAACUAAGGUGACUUCUAAAAAUAUCUCUCUCAAGUGUUAAAGGCCAAAGUAAAGAGGUGUGUCUUCAGUACCUAUAUAGAGCACUUGAUAUUGUUGUCAACAGAGCAGGCAGCUGCCUUCAGCCUCCUGGUGCUUUUUUCCAUCUGUUGUAGGGCUGCCAGCAGCAACCUGUAUGGUCAGUGGUGAUGGGAAUUGGAAGCCCCAGGUUGGGGGAGGCUGAGCUAAGACCAUAUAUAGCACAGGGGUUCCCUAGCUGUGAUCUUUCAGCUAUGUCUGGUUCUGUGGCAGAUGGCUAGAGACUGCACAGGACAUCCAUUACAUUAAAUAGUCAUAUUGAUUUUAUAUAUUGUAGGUUUUUUUAUAUUACAGUGUGAACUCUAUGGAAUUCAAGUUGUGAUACAAUAAAUAAGAAACAAAAGAAGCAAUUAAAAUACACUAUAAAAUCUAUUUUAUUUUUGAAAUUUAUGAGCUGCUUUUACAGAUUUGUGUGGAAAAGCUGAGUAUAAAUUAUAUAAAUACAACUGACACUCCAAACCGUAAGAGGUUUGAGAUAUUGGAUCCAGUUUGAGCAAGCACUAGAACUAAGAAGAUCAAAUAAAUAAUAUUUAACCAUCACCUGCUCCUCCUUUACUGCUAUUCUGUUUGGGGCAGUUUAUUAUGGUUUUAGAAAGAUUAAACAUAGUAUUGAGCGCCAUUUGGCUGAGAAGGUACUUAGGAAAUAUUAACUAUAAUUAAUGAAUAAUAUACAUUAUGGUACUUCUGGCUGUUCACUUCAAAGUGGUUUGUUUGUUUGUUUGUUUGUUUGUUUUGUUAUAAAUUUAAGCCUGUUAUGCCACCUUUUAUAUGGUGUCACAAGGAGAUGUACACACUAAUACAAGAACUGUAAACAAAUUAAAAUAUUGAUUAACAUCUACAACAAUAAAAGUCAUAAUGCAGCAGUGAUCCCAGUAAUAUGAACUCAUAACCCUGAUUUUCAUAACUGAGCAGCAGUGCUUUUUGUAUCCUGUUUCAGUAAUCUCUGCCUUGCAAUGUUGACAAAUAUUCCUGCAUUGCAAAGGUGGAGAUGAGACUAAGAAUGCCUUUCUUAAGGUUACUCAGUGAGUUCAUGUCUGAGUUUAUAUUAUGAACAACAUCUCUUAGGCAAAACAAAAGGUCUCUCUGGCUCAGCAUUGCACUUGUCCCCAGUGUCUGAUAUUUAGACACUGCACACAAGGCUUCCCAAGCACCUGCAGUCAGCUGGUUGUUGGCACUUGGGAAGUGCUACAGAGGGUGUUUUACAGGCACUGCCAUUCAGCUACAAAGCUUCUUUGUCCAAUCCCCUACUUUGCCUUCCCCACACUUGACAUCACCAUGAGGUGUAUGGCAGGUGGGCAUGGCUUGCAAGAAACAGCUUUACGGGCCAAAUGAGGAGGUUUGAUUGUCCUAAUCAGGGCUGUGGCCUGGAGGCUCUGCCCCCUUGGUUUAAUGUUGCAUGUGAACCAGGUUAUAGAUUCAGUAGAAACCAAAUUGGGUAGUUUUAUGUAGUCAUAUUUCCACCCAGAUAAAGUCUCACUGUUGAAUGGGUACAUUAGUGUUUGCCAUAAAAUACAACCUCCCCUAUUUGUUUGCCAUUGGUGGUGUAAAAUAAAAAUUUGAAAGCAACUUUUAUUAAAGAUCCAUGCUUAAUAAUCUUACACAGGUUGGCAGACAAGUGGCUGUAUAUAAGUGAGCAUAGUGCAACAAAACCAGUGCUAGGUAUUGGGAACCCGUCUUAAUACCAGCCCGCAUCACAACAUUCAGAUUCUUUCCCCAUCCCCUACUUGAGCAGUGGCUGCAGUUUUUUCUUCUCAUGAUAGAAUAGAUAGAGACUGGCUAAUGAAAAUGGCUUCCCUAAGUGCACCACAGAUGUAAAGUGCUUGCAAAUUAAAUAAACAUAUCAGCUGUUGCUAACCAUUGGUUUCUGUUUUUUGCAUUUUAAAAAUGGACUGUUUUAUGCCUGUCUUAUAUACUCUUUCCCCUAACACUUUAGUUAAGAUGGAAUCCUUUGGGUGAUUUCAUUGGAGGAUUCCUGAAGUUUGUGAGGAAUACUCUGCUGAAUGUUACACUUGUAACAAUUACACAUGGUCAACAAAGAGGCUAAACAGAAGGUUAACUAAAUGUCCACAAACUCCUUCUGAGUAACAUUUUUCUUCUUUUCUGUACUUCAGUUCAGAUAAGAUUUAAAAUAAAUGAAAGGGAAAAAGGGAAAUAUAUUUCUUCUGCACUUUGCAGAAAGCAGCUUGUGCGGAUAUUAUAGAUUCAAGGAUACCUGUUGUGAAUCCUUGUCUGAGGCAUGAGUAGGGUGCUUUGGCUAUGGGUUCUGAAACAUGUGGUGUGCCCUGAAUAGCAGCUUAGAGGCAUAUGACUCGGUGCUCUUCCAAUAUAAGGUAAUUUUUUUGUACGGCUGGAACGCAGAUUGCAAUGCAGCAUCCAUAAAAUGUAUUUAAUUGGUGAACUGAUCAAGUAUCAGGUUAAUGGUAAAGCCAUUGAUAUCCUGAUGAGAUUUAAGUGUCCCAUUUUGUAAAUUAUAAUGAUGAAGAUGUAAUUGAUGUAUUUCAGGCAUUAAAAAGGUAAAAGGCAAAGGACCCCUGACAGUUAAGUCCAGUCGCGAAUGACUCUGGGGUUGCAGUGCUCAUCUCACUCUAUAGGCCGAGGGAGCUGGCGUUUGUCCGUAGACAGUUUUUCUGGGUCAUGUGGCCAGCAUGAUUAAGCCGCUUCUGGCGAAACCAGAGCAGCGCAUGGAAACGCCGUUUACCUUCCUGCCGGAGCGGUACCUAUUUAUCUAGAGGUACCUCUGGAUGCGAACGGGAUCUGUUCCAGAGCCCCAUUCGCAUCCUGAAGCAAAUGCAACCCGCGUCCACGUGUCUGCGCAUGCAUGGGUCGCAAGUCACUGCUUCCGCGCAUGUGCGUGACGUCAUUUUGAGCGCCUGUGCAUGCGUGAGUGGUGAAACCCAGAAGUAACACGCUCCGUUACUUCUGGGUCACCGCGGAGCGCAACCUGAAAAUAUUCAUCCCAAAGCAUAUUUAACCCGAGGUAUGACUGUACUUGCACUUUGGUGUGCUUUCGAACUGCUAGGUUGGCAGGAGCUGGGACUGAGCAAUGGGAGCUCACCCAUUCGAACCACCGACCAAGGUUUAAUAGUUGCUGAGGAAUAACUGUUCCAAGUCAACUGUGACUAUGUGGGUACAUUGUAGAGCUUUUUGAGCAUCUAUUGCGCUUCUGUUGACCUGAAGAUAUGGAUAGGUUGUGUUGCUUUUGACAAUCAUAUUUGUAACUGAUUGAAUGCAAUCCGUGUGUUGGGCCUGAUGCAUUCAUGUUUGAAGACAAUAUUAACACAGAGACUCUUAAUAUUCUACCAAUGCAAUGUGAAUUAUGAUCCUUUGUGGAAUUACGGAAAUGAAGUGGAAUGAUGGUCAAGUAGUACAGAGUACAAGGUUUAUGCAUUUGAGAACAUGUAUGCAUUUUGCUUACUGAUUCUGAGCUUGUUGCCUCAGAUGAUGAAGGAAAUACUUUGGUGCUUGGGAAGCAUAAUUAAAAACAAACACCCUGACCUGAUUUAUUUGUAACUGCAGAAUCAUGCUUUGUUUCUUUACGUAAAGGAAAUUAAAAAACUAAGAGUAAUUGGUGCUUGGGGACCCGGGUGGCGCUGUGGGUAAAAGCCUCAGCGCCUAGGACUUGCCGAUCGAAAGGUCGGCGGUUUGAAUCCCCGCAGCGGGGUGCGCUCCCGUCGCUCGGUCCCAGCGCCUGCCAACCUAGCAGUUCGAAAGCACCCCCGGGUGCAAGUAGAUAAAUAGGGACCGCUUACUAGCGGGAAGGUAAACGGCGUUCCGUGUGCUGCGCUGGCUCGCCAGAUGCAGCUUGUCACGCUGGCCACGUGACUCAGAAGUGUCUGUGGACAGCGCUGGCUCCCGGCCUCUAGAGUGAGAUGAGCGCACAACCCAAGAGUCUGUCAAGACUGGCCCGUACGGGCAGGGGUACCUUUACCUUUACCUUAAUUGGUGCUUGAGUGAGGAUAAAAGGAAAUGUGCUUCCAGAAUUUGUUAGUUACAUUUAUUACCUAAUGCAAAACAUUUAUCAUUCUCUUCUUCUGGUAUCAUUAGUUCUGCUCUGUGCCAUAUUAUUACAUAAGAAACUAGUAAUAAAAAAAUUAACAGCUAUCCUUUACUUAUUCACUCAUUUACAUGUCCCAGAUACAUUGAUUCCAUUAUUUCCCUGUGAAAAGCAUGUUAAUCACUUUAAGAGUAGCACUUAAUUAUCAAAAUCAUUAGAUGUCUAUAUAUCUUUGUCUAGAACAAGAAUUCUGAAGCUUUGUAAGAGUAGCCUUCUCAACUCCAGUAUGUGAGCUUUCUGAAAUGUGACUAAAGCCAUAGCAACAUGGAUUGACCAAGGCCCAUGAAAUGUCUUGAAGCUAAGUGAUUGACCUCAGAAUGGAAAGAGAAAAACCUGAAAAACAGCAGUCACGCCACAGACCCACAUUGGCAUUUAGGCUCAUCUUUUUCUUUUUUCCUUAUUAAAAAUAAGUUUGUCUCACAUUACUAAGGGCUAGAACAACUUUCAGAAAUUUUCAAGUGGAUUAUGCAUGUGACUUUCAAGAAAGCCCAGUAGCUGAAAUAGUUUUGCAUUUAAUAAUUAAAUGUUAAAAAAGAGAAAUGUGAAAAGAAUACACAUCUGCUUAACUAAAACACUGGUAAUUUCAUCUUUCUUUGUAAGGUCUUAAAUUCUUCCUUGUAAAAGUCUGUCUUGAAGUUGCCUAGUUCAACACAAUUCCCUACAAGACCCUCGAUGAGAUCCUAUGAACUAAUGUCGGUAUGGUGUACUGGAAUGCACCCGGUGGAGGUAUAGGUAUAGGUACACUUUCCCUUAUUCUCAGUAAUACAAAACCAAAGAGCAUUCUUGGGCAUGUGAACUAGAUGUUUAUUUCUUUUGAUUCUGGUCAUUUUGCUCCUUUGACCUAAAAGCAUCAUGCAAACAUUGUGGGAAUAUGAGUAUUGUGUUUGAUUAUUCAUUAUGAUCAUAAGCUCCCCGUGAUUUCAUUGAUAAAACUCUUGAUGUUGUAAAGCUGAAUUGCGGCUAUGUUUAUUAGAAUCUCAGUAUUUAUGUUACAACUUUAAGUUCAAGAAUACAGUUAUUUGCAUUUUCUAGUUGAAGAGUAUUCAAUUCUUAGGCUGCAAUGCUAUACACUAUUACCUGGGAGUAUACUUUGCUGAGCUCAGUAAGUCUUGUUUCUGAGUAGACAUGUAUCAGAUCGCACUAUUAGCCACUGGAAAGCUAUCUUACACAAUGUUUUAGGCCUAGGAAUUAGCAUUCUUCAGAUAUCUUGGCUUGUAUUUAAAUACUAAUGAAAAGCAGACUUAUAGCACAUCCUUUAAAUAAUGUGUGGGUUAAGCAAUAUCUACUUGCAGAUAUUCAGUGACUAUCCUACUAAAAUUGUAACGCGUGAUAGAAUUAACAUAAAGAUAGUCUUUCACCUUUUAAAAGGUGUGCUGCUUUUAAACUCGGGACGCGGGUGGCGCUGUGGUCUAAACCACAGGGUUGCUGAUCAGAAGGUUGGCGGUUCGAAUCUUCGCAAUGGGUUGAGCUCCCGUUGUUCAGUCCCAGCUCCUGCCCACCUAGCAGUUCGAAAGCACAUCAAGUGCAAGUAGAUAAAUAGGUACCACUCCGGCGGGAAGAUAAACGGCGUUUCCAUGUGCUGCUCUGGUUUGCCAGAAGCGGCUUAGUCAUGCUGGCCAUGUGACCUGGAAGCUGUCUGCAGACAAAUACUGGCUUCCUUGGCCUAUAGAGCGAGAUGAGCACACAACCCCAGAGUCGUCCGUGACUGGACUUAAUGGUCAGGGGUUGUUGUUGUUUAGUCGUUUAGUCGUGUCCGACUCUUCGUGACCCCAUGGACCAGAGCACGCCAGGCACUCCUGUCUUCGACAGGUCAGGGGUACCUUUACCUUUACUUUUAAACUCAGAUAUUGAAAUCCUACAUAGGAAGCUUAUCGUACCUUACUUUUGUAGAAGAAACUAUUCUUUUUUUAGAUACUUAUAUAUGUUAUUGAGAUGUUUAUUUUAUUUAUUAUUUUUUCCAUAAAAUUUAUGCAUUGCUUGAUUGUUUUAAAAAACCUUCAAAACAGUUUACAAAAUUGAUAAAACAAUAAGAUUAUCAAUAAGAAAAAUUAACACAAUAAUUUGAAACUUUUGAAAAGCUAAAAUAACAACAGACUAAAAUUAAAUUAAAACUCGUAUCAACUUUCUAAACAUCUGGGUAGGCUUGUCUAAACAAAAAUGUUUUUAGUUAAUCAUGUUUAAUUCAAUGACAUUUAAUUCCAAGUACACAUGCAUAUUUUUAGUUUGCUACCUGGUCAUGAAAUAUUUGUGUCCUAUUACACCAUUUGCUUUAAAUAACAUGGGAAGACUUUAGAUUUCAGACAGUGAGACCCAGUAAUUUCAAGUUAUGCACAAAGAGGCGGAAGUGAUAUUUGAUAUUUAAUUUGGAGUUGCAGUUGCUAAGAAGUCAUUGUUGUGGAGUUGGAAGGUGCAAGUUUCUCUCUCCAAAUAUUGUAGAAAUACUUCUGUUAUGUGCCUUGGCUUUGUGGCUGUCAUUUUUGGCAUAUAAAAAGUAACCAUUUCAUUGAAAGUUACUGUUUUUAAUGUUUUUUCAGAUACUUUCCAAGUAAGAAAGGGCUGGGGUGCAGGGGAGCUUCAGACUACUGGUUAUCAUUCCUUAACACUAAUAAGACUGUUGGUAUUUCUGACCGUUGCUUUCCAUCUCUGUUUGUUUGUUUUAAGAGAUUUCUAGACUGCCUUUUAGGGCCAUACUGUCACAAGGUGACUUCCAAUACAAAAAAACACACAUUGGAUAUAUGGAGAAGAUUGAGUGUUCCCAUAGUGGAACUUUCCAGGCUCCUUCCCCCGCAUGAUACCCGCUUCUGCUGCUGCCCCCCCCCAUGUUCCUAACUGUUGAAGGAUCCUCUGAAACUGUAGAAUGGAGCAGGGAGGGCUUCAGAAACCAGGGGAAUUUGGUGCUGCAGAAGCAGGAGUAAUUUCUCUGCCUGCACAAAAACUGGUAAUGCCCAAGCAGGAGUGAUUUUUCUGCUUGCACAAGACAUCUUUGGAUCCACACACAAACACACACACUCCAUAAGUGAGUAGACCAUGACAGCAAUAACUUGAUUAGUAACCGCCCAACAUAGGAACCACACAAACAGCUAAAACUAUUAUAUGUCACUUCAUACUGGUUCAGUUAAACAGAAUUCACUGUAGUGACAACCACUAUCUUAGAUGUCUUUAAAAGGAGAUUUGCAGAUUGAGAAAGCUGUUGAGUUUUAGUGUUGUCUCUGUACAAAGAACAGUUGACAGGCCCCAGUGGGUUUAUUAUCUAAAACAUAGACAGUAGAUGUUAUAAAGGCAGCCAGUGAAAUCUGGGCAAACAUGGGCAUGGCCUGUGGGAAGUGCUGGUCUUUCUACAUGGCCUGGUGCAAAUGACCUCAGGCAGCACAGCUGAGGAGCAGGGAGAGGAAGGCAAGCAGCACAGAGGAGCUGUGGGGGCAAACCGCAGGGGAACACAUACCCAAUCCAGGCGAGAAGCUGCCAGGUUGGAGGCUACAAGCAAGAGAGUGUUAGGCUUAGGUAAACAAGCUUGGGGAGCCGAACCUCUAUCCCAGGGAGGGUGGUUGGGUGACCCCAGGAUCUAGUAGUUACUCUAGUCAAGAGAGAGGAACAUGUGACCAGCCAGCAUUUCCCCUAGCUGCAACAGCCCUGUCACUGGACCAAACCCUUUUGUCUGGAGACCUAGUAACCUUAAGGGGGGUUUGUCACUUUGCUCCAUCCCUGUGGCACUUGGGGGAAGAGACAGACCUUCAAAGAAAAGCAUGAGCAAGAAAGAGCCAGUAGAGAAAGAGCUCAACCUUUAAUCCUGAGGAAGACAAUAAACUAUAAGCCUUUGGCUAGACAGACCUGGAAGCAGGAGAUUCUUUACCUAGAGAGGCCUCCAGCAUUGUAAACUUAACCACUAAGGGCUUCUUCUUGGGACAGAAAUGGAGGUGAGGAGGUUGGCAUGCUUUUGCCUGGGCAAAUUCCAUAAUUGUUUCUCUCCUGUGUAAGUGGAAAACUGAAGUUGUCUGCAGCAUCCUUCCAUUGUGGGACACUGGUGACAAUGACCCUUGGAUCAUGCUGCCUGGAAUUGAAAGGGGCAGAACUUCUGACAGCCCCUUUGGGGCUGGUUGGUUUAAGGCCAUGUUAAUGUUUCCAUGCCAGGAAAUUCUAUAUUAUCUUUGCAUGACUUCUUUUGGAUAAAAAUAUUAGUGCAUGUAAGAUUCCUAUAAAUAGUAUAGAAGAAAGAUAUAACAGCUGAAGUCCUUAUAACAUUUUGCUGUUUUGUCCAUGUGUACUCACCCAUUGCGUUAUUGAUGGGCAAUAUUCAAGUAAUUUAAAUUCCCUUUUGCUUUAUUAUAUUUUAUUCAUGAACUUUUUUCAAGAUUUCCAUCAAGCAUAAAAUGUAUCUUAUGCAUCAAAUUAUGUUAUGACCGCUUAAUUGAAGAACUGCCUACCAUUUAAGUACCAUUUUAUUAUUAAUCCUUGUUUUUCAUUCUAUUCUCACUACUGUAAAUGAAAUAUCUUCAGAGUUGUCCUGUCUAUGCUUAAUUCCCAAUGAAUAAACUACUGUUUCUAGUUGAAAAAGUACAAAAUAGUUGCUCAUUUUGAGCUAAUUGCACCCUUCAAGUUAUUACAAGUGUUAUUGGGAAAUUAUGCAAAGAUAGUUGUGCUGACGACCUCAGUUCAUAAACUGUUAAUGAAGCAAAAGUUUUAUCUUGACAGUGGGCAUUGGCAAGGUCCUUCUCUUGUAAUGUUGCGGCUGUUAAACCUCCUCACUGCGGCUGGCAGGGGCUGAUGGGAAUUGUAGUCCAAAACAUCUGGAGGGCAUCAGGUUGGCAAAGGCAACUUUGAAAGAGUAUGAAACAUGCUGUUAGAGAUGGUAUUUGUCUUUAAUGUUAUUACAAUUCUUUUCUGUUUCUAGAUUCGUUUGUAAAUGCAUAUCAAACAGGUAGCCAAGAAUGAAGAAAGCUAACCGGAGUGUUGGUUCAAUGCCCAAGGUGCCUGGGAUAAAUAAAAUACAAACGGUGGAAAAAGUCAAACCAGAAAACAGUUCCACAGUAUCUGCAGUGACAAAACUUUCAAAAACUGGGACAGCAUCAUCAUUAUUGAAGGUAUUUUCUCGUUAGUUUUCUUUAUUUAGACUUAAGUAAUUGAGCUGCUAGCUAAUGUAGAGCAAAACAGUGGGGUGGGGGUAGGGAGACUGGAGGCAUGGGAUCCAAAUGUUGCAAUGUGUGCUUGUGUUCAAGACUGACCCAGCACAGUUCUAGAGCCAAGUCAAAAUGCAGUUGCAGUACUCUGAAAUCUUUUUGACAAUUCAAGGCUCAGAUACUACUUUAUAUAACAUUAUAAUUAACUUAACAAGCAUAAUCAGGAUGUUGUUGAGUUCUGUACAAGUCUCUUCUUUGCAUAUCAUACCAUUCUCUGUUGUCCCGAGUUAAGGAAUGUGAAGGUGUGGGACCAAAACUAGAACCUAGACUAUUUCCCAAGACUUGUGAACAGAAACAGACAGAUCAGGAUAUUAUUGCUGUCAGCUGAUGAUACCUGAAUACCCAUGUUAUGCUCAUGUUGUUAUGUUAGUGUUGCCUCAAUUUGAGUGAGAAGCCGAAAUAUGCCUACUGCUAGAAUAAAAGAGUGAAAAGACUUUGUCCAAUUGUGUUAAGUUUUAGGAUGGUGGCAAUAUGUUUUCUUGCAUAUGUUGUCACACAAAUAAGUAAGACUGCUUAUCUGUUUCUCACUCCUUCCACUCUGACAAGGAGCAUGUUGCACAUAGGUGCAAAGCUAAUGGCAUCCCAGCCUUUGAAUGCCCUCCUCAGGGCUAGCUGCCAGACACCUACUUUUAGCAGUUUCAGGUGCCAGGUGAAAAGUAGUUUUCUUUUCCCAGGCCUUACUUUUAACCUCCCUGAUGCUUUUUGAAUACUGCACAGCAUUUCAUUGUUUUAACAUAGGUUUGUUGUUUAGCUGUAACCAUGUAUGAUAAGGCAGGUUAUAAAUAUAUUAAAUACAUUGCCUAGUGCAAAAGCACAGGGGUGAACAUGAACUGAUGUUGUAUCAUUAGUGUCCCUCUGCUCAGGACCUGACUUGAAUCUUUGCAAUGUUGAUAUAACACUUUCCAUCUGCCUCACAUAAGGAUAAUGAUGCAUUACUGAGAAAGUAAUAAACCUUUUUUUUUAGAUCAGCCAGUUAUGGACAUCAGAAUAUUUUCCUCUUAAGAGUCAGUUUAAAUAGUUUCUAAGAUCAUAAUUUGGUUUCACGUUACAUCAACAGGUGAUUCAUCUCUGCUCUUUGUCAUUAUGAUAGCUGAAGGUUGACAAUCCAAUUAGGUGUUCCCACUGUAGGAGGAUUUAUACAUUCAGAUACUACAGCAUAAUAGUGGGGAGGGGGCGGAGAGAAGGGGACACCAGUAUUUGGUGUCCACUUCAAGCCAUCAUUUCUGAUUUUGGUUUGCUGGAUUUAUCACAAAUCCAGUUGUGAUAAUUGGAAGACUUACAAUUCAGGCAUUAUACCACCAUAGUUAAGGUGUGAUGUUUGACUCUUUAAAAGAAGAAUAAUUAUUCAGUAGGCAGAAUACUUUCCACUGUCAAAGUAAUCAUUCCACAUUUCCUCAUUUGAGCUUGUGUUUUCUUGACAGAUGAGAAUCUGUGGCUCUUAAGGAAGUCCUAAUUACCAGAUUGAGAAAGAUUUCAUCAUCUCAUAGAAAAUUAUGAACCAGUGGUGCAAAAAUUAUUUUAAUAAGUCCCACCGCAGUGUGAAAAAACCUCUUUUGCUUACUGAUUCUACUUACAUUACAUUUCAGCCAGUUCUGCCUUUCCUGUGUGUUGAAAAAGCCCUGUGAUGUUUCUUACGCUUAGUAGAAUAGUAGUGUUUGCUCUUGACUGAAGGAACCUGUUCUGCUGGCUGUGGAGGUGGUAAUCUAGACUAGACUAGAGGCAGUCUGUGGGCAAGUAGGGAAAAAUACUGUGUUUAUGUACGGCAGAAGGAAAAUACUGCAAACCCCAAACAAGAGAGGCCUUAGUGUCCCAACCUGCCUGAUUUCCCAGCUGUUGUCUUCUACCAUACCCUUCAAGUAUUUAGAUCAGAAAAAUAUCUCUGUACACUAGUCUGCUUAUGGGGAGGAGUACAUCUCAGGAGGGAGGGAGAGACUGUAGUACAAAGCACUGGGAGAAAGAUUCUUCAGUCCAUUCAGUAGUUUCUGCAUUUAGAAACCCGAAGCAUGACUAAUGUUGAAUUUUUUUCAGUGUAGAUUUUUCCAGGCUGAAUCAUACUAGAGUUUUUACAACUUGACCUAUUUGGCUCAGUAAUACACAGUUGUUACCUACAUAGCAUGUCUAUAAUUAAUCUACUUAACAUACCUUUUUACUAGGUGUGGUAGAAAUGCAAACUGGCAGGAAGUUUCAACCUGUAUGGUCUUGCUGGCACAAGCUCUUGGUUAUGCCAGAUAAACCACAAUAAGAAAUUAUCAAAGGAUGUGCAAUUUGCUCUAUUGUAUCUUUGUGAACCAUUAAUUUCUUGAGUACUUAAACAUCAUGAGGCCUUUCUGAAUAGAUUAGAUGUGAGUGUUCUCAGCUGCUGGUAAUGCAAAACCAAAGAUUUUCUUAAACCUCUUCUUGCCGAUAAAGGGUUGCAAUAAUAAAGAUUGCAGUGCCUGAAGAAACAUAAUUACACAUGUAAGAAUGAAAAAUUGUGCUUAUAGUGGAAUUGGUUUAAAAGUCUCCAAUGAAAAACAUUUUUAGUGACAAAAAGUCUUCUUCCAGAUUCAGGAACAUGGCAUUUAAAAAUAAAACCUGACACAAACGUUGCAAACCAACUGUGGCAUUAAAAUAAGCAUGAACCACAACCAAAACAUUGCAGAACAACACCUCACAUGUAAUAUUGACCAAAUUAAAUACUGAAUUUGAUACUUAUUCCAUGAAUUCAGAAUAUUUAUAUAUAUACGUAAAGUUUUAAUUAUAUCAACGUUUAAUAGUUUUUAAUUAUUUUUCCAUGUUUUUAGCUGUUAUUAUUUUUAUCUGUAAGUUUAAUAGUAGUAGUAGUAGUAGUAAUAAUAAUAAUAAUAAUACAGUGGUACCUCUGGUUACAUACUUAAUUGGUUCCGGAGGUCCGUUCUUAACCUGAAACUGUUCUUAACCUGAAGCACCACUUUAGCUAAUGGGGCCUCCUGCUGCCGCUGCACCGCUGGAGCAUGAUUUCUGUUCUCAUCCUGAAGCAAAGUUCUUAACCCGUGUUACUAUUUCUGGGUUAGCGGAGUCUGUAACCUGAAGCGUAUGUAACCCGAGGUACUACUGUAAUAUAAUACUGUAAUAUAAUUGAAGGGUUGGGCUAAAGCAGAUCUCAAUGAUUAGUUGGUUCCAUGAUGUUGGAGCUACUGCAGAGAAGUCUCAACCAGUCACACCUCUAUUAAUGACUGGACUCUGAACAAGGCUUGGUGUCCAGGUGCCAGAGGUGGGUGGUCCAUGAAGAAUAGGCAAUACCUUGUCAAAAUAGACUGGAUAAAAUUGAUUCCUUGAUACAGCAGUUAGCGUAGGAAUCCCGUAGUAAUGCCGCAUCAAGGAGUAACCCAAGGCAGUGUACUUGAUCCUUCAGAGUUGGUAAGACACCUUUGGUUCACAGGCAUUCCUACUUCUUUUAGACAUUGGAAAGGAAUUUGUUCCUGGUUUGUCUUACACACAGUCAUUCCAGGCUGCCCUAAGGCUCAUGCUCAGAUAACAGAAGCUGCUUUGGGAAUCUGUUGUGCGUGGAUACAUUCAGCAGCAAUUCCCAUUCUCACAGUAGCUGGAAAAAGUGGUACCAGGGUGUCAAAAAUUGAUGCUGCUUUUCAUGAAUUUCUCAUUUGCACUCAAGCUUUGCCAUGCAAUCAUGGGGGCAGGUGUUGCCAAGGAUGAGUCAGAAUUGUUGCUGUAUAGGAGUAAUCCAUAUUCUGCUUUCUUCAAAAUGAAAGUUCUGGAGUAUAUUUAACAAUUAAAUUUUAUAUUGUGCCUAUGCAAAAAAUAAAACUAUUUUCUCCCCUUUUAAAUACAUGGAUUCAUCAUGUAUUAAAUGUGAAUUAAUCCUUGGCUUUUUAUUACUAGCUUCAUAUAUGAAACUAGUCUGGUUUUUUUAACAGUGAUUUAAUUUUGAGUUGCUUCUGACCUUUGUGCCUUCUUUCAAACCACCCUUGAAAUUUUAUCCAGACAAAGAGCAAUGAUGAUCUUUUAGCUGGGAUGGCUGGAGGGGUUACUAUGAGCAACGGUGUCAAGGGAAAAAAGAGCACUUGCACUUCGACAGCGCCUUCCACUGCAGGGACCACCAUGAACAACCUGGAGAAUAAAUCCAAGUCUGUUACAGGUAAAGAAGCAUUUGGCCUUGAAGAUGUUCUCUCUGCCCUUUAGACGACAACCCCAUUUGUCAAACCAUGGUUUGUUUAACCAUGAAUUGUCCCACAGACAAUCCCACAAACCACGGCUUGUUUCCCCAAAGUUGGUUUUGUUUGCAGUUGCUUGUGCCUUUACAGGUUGAUGAGUGCCUGGAGUAGGGUGGUCAAACAAACCAUGGUUAAGGGAGGCCAAACCUUAGUUAAAACUAGCCAAGUUUGUAAUCUAUCAAGUGAAAUUAAAUUACCUUAGAAGUACAUUUUUGGAUCCCUGUUUCACUGCCUCUGUUAUGGAACGUAUAUACAUGUCUGUUACUAAUUGAUUUCCAAGUAUGUAGAUGAGACUUCAUUGUUGUGUGAUCCUGGAUACCUCUUGACUUGUAUAAAAUCACAUCCUUCCUUGCCAGCUUAAUAUUUUUUCUAACCUUUUAAAACAAUACAGGUACAACUUCUGCAGCAAAGCGUAGCACUUCGGCUGGGAAUAAGGAAUCCAACUCUUCUCGAGAAAGAAUUCGUGACCGUUCGCGGCUGACCCAAAGCAAAAAAUUGCCACUAGCUGGGCAGACAAGCAAUGAUACAGUCCUUGCAAAACGCUCCCGUAGCCGUGCUAACCCGGACUCUGAUAUUCGCAUGAGCAAGUCUAAAUCAGACAAUCAGAUCAGUGACAAAUCUGUUCUGGAAGCAAAAGUAAAAGAUCUUUUGACUUUGGCCAAAACAAAAGAUGUAGAGAUCUUACACCUGAGGAAUGAGCUCAGAGAAAUGCGUGCUCAGCUUGGCCUAAAUGAAGAUCAGUUUGAGGGAGUUGAGAAAUCUGAGGAGAAAGAAACCAUUGUUGUCCACCAGCCAACCGAUGUUGAGUCCACAUUAUUGCAAUUGCAAGAACAGAACACUGCCAUCCGGGAGGAGCUCAACCAGUUGAAAAAUGAGAAUCGGAUGUUGAAGGACAGGCUAAACGCAUUGGGGUUUUCUCUGGAGCAAAGGCUGGACAACUCUGAAAAGCUGUUUGGCUACCAGUCUUUGAGCCCAGAAAUGACAGCUGGAAGCCAUAGUGAUGGUGGGGGUACCCUCACUUCUUCAGUAGAAGGUUCUGCCCCUGGUUCAAUGGAAGAUCUUCUGAGUCAUGACGAGAACACCUUGAUGGACAAUCAGCACAGUAACUCCAUGGAUAACUUGGACAGUGAGUGCAGUGAAGUUUAUCAGCCGCUCACUUCAAGUGAUGAUGCCUUGGACGCUCCAUCUUCUUCAGAGUCUGAGGGUGUGCCAAGCAUAGAAAGGUCAAGGAAAGGGAGCAGUGGCAAUGCCAGUGAAGUAUCUGUGGCUUGCUUGACGGAGCGGAUACACCAGAUGGAAGAGAACCAUCAUAGCACAGCUGAGGAACUUCAAGCCACUCUACAGGAACUUGCAGACUUGCAACAGAUUACACAAGAGUUGAACAGUGAGAACGAAAGGCUUGGUGAAGAAAAGGUUAUUCUUAUGGAGUCUUUGUGCCAGCAGAGUGAUAAGUUGGAACAUUUUAGCCGGCAGAUUGAGUACUUUCGCUCCCUUUUAGACGAGCAUCAUAUAUCUUACGUUAUUGAUGAAGACAUGAAAAGUGGGCGCUACAUGGAGUUGGAGCAACGCUACAUGGACCUUGCAGAGAAUGCACGUUUUGAAAGAGAACAACUCCUUGGCGUCCAGCAGCAUCUGAGCAACACUUUGAAGAUGGCAGAACAAGAUAACAAGGAAGCUCAGGAGAUGAUCGGGGCACUAAAGGAACGGAAUCACCAUAUGGAACGAAUUAUUGAGUCAGAACAGAAAAGCAAGACCGCUCUAGCAGCCACUUUGGAUGAGUACAAAGCCACAGUCGCCAGUGACCAGAUCGAGAUGAACCGGCUGAAAGCCCAGCUAGAGCAUGAGAAGCAGAAAGUUGCUGAGCUGUAUUCCAUACACAAUUCUGGUGACAAAUCGGACAUACAAGACUUGCUAGAAAGUGUCAGGCUUGACAAGGAGAAAGCAGAGACGUUAGCCAGCAGCCUGCAAGAGGAGCUCGCUCAUACGCGUAACGAUGCCAACCGCCUGCAAGACGCCAUUGCAAAGGUAAUGUUUAAAAAAUGUAAUUAAAGAAGAGAACAUUCCAAAUCUCCUUGUGUUCUCUGCAGCCUUUGGGGGAGUAUGUGAAGGCAUGUGGGAGGGUGGGGGUGGGGGGACAAUUCAAGCAGCUGAUUUAGACAUUAGCCAGAUCAUGUUGACUGCAUGGUUACUUUCAUGAGUCUUUUAGUUUUAUUCCUGUUAAUAAACUUAAGUCCUGUGCUUAGAAUUGAAUUCAUGGCUCCUGGGCUGUGUUUUCUGUAGCAUGAAACUGUUGCGUGCUGGAUGUUUAGUUUGCCCUUAUAUCUGCAGUGAGGGUGGGGUUGAUUGUUGGUAUGAGCAGACUGGUUGAUACACAGCAUUGAGGGUAGUUUUAUGCUGAUUUGUCACUUCAUUUCUCAUAAUUCACAAGACAAUCGACUGUUCAUAGAUUCAGAUACAGCUCAGGUUUCACAGCUGUGAGGUUUGCCUAAGCUAGUAUGAAGCCUUAACUCUAUGCACUAAAGCAUCCUUACUGAUUAACAUUAUAAUAGAUUACUUGGCACUGCCAAAUGUCAGAGUUGGUUUAUUUAAACCUUUCCUGAUUGAGUUUCUUUGCUACUUGUCCAUCUUGUGGUAUCAUAAGGACUUUAGCAAAGCCUUGCAGCUGGAUUGAACCAAAGGAGGCUGUUCUAGUUAAGCAUCCUGUUUCCCAUAGCCAACCAGAUGCCUCCUCUGGGAAGCCUAAUAGCAGAGCAUGAGGACAAUAGCUCUCUUCCAGAGUUGUUCUCCAGCAACUGGUAUCCGGAGGCAUGUACUCUUGCUGAUCCUGGAUAUCCAUUUUAUUACUUAUAUUAUAUUACUUUUCUUUUUUUCUUCUUUUUCAUUCCAAAAAGACCCUGGAGGUGCAUAGCAGUCAAUAGAUUGUCAAAUCAUACUUGUAAUGGAUGGAAGUUCCACAGCCAGGGUACCACAAGGCAGAAGUCACUAUUGCAGGUCACUGCAUAGUGUGCCCCAAUCAUAGAUGCUAUCUCGAAUAGGGCUACCCUGCCAAUCUUAAUGCCUGGUUAUCAAAUAUUGGGAGAGACAUUCCUUCAAGUUCUUAGGUCUACAACAGUGUAGGGCUUUAAAUAUCAGAACCUUAAAUUGGACUCAGUCGAAAUAAAACAGCUGGUUCAGUUCUUUAAGAUCAGCGUAAUAGGUUUCUCAGAGGCCUGGCAGCUGUGUCCUGCACCACCUGCAGCUCCUGAACAAUCUUCAAGGGCAGCCCCAGAUACAGCAUAUUGCUGUAGUUUAGUCAGGAAGCUACCAGAGCAUGCUUCAAAUUCCUUGACGACUUUUCCCAAUUGUCUUCAUAUAGAUGCUAAAGAGCUGGAAGGUGAGGUGGAACACUGCAGGUCUCCACAACACAAGUGCCAAGGGGGACCAUGCUGUUCUCUGGUAGUGGUCCUGCAGACAGAAGCAGAGCCACCAUAACACAGUGCUCCAGAAGAGUAGCAUGGUCAUUGGGAGUAAAAGCUGCUGAGAGGUCCAGAAGAACUAAGUCACAUUCCUCCUCCUCCCAAUCAGGGUUAUCACUCAGGGCAACUGAGACUGUUGAAGUAUGUAGAUUGAAAUGAAAUCUAGAUAAACAGCGUUCACUGUAGCCAACAUGACAACAAUGGCAUUGUGAUAGCAUUAUCAUCCAUACAUUUGUCAAAUUCCCCUUUGUAGCAUUCCAGGAUGAGGGCCAUCAUCACACCUUAGGGCAGCAGAUUCUGCAGAUUAAUUGUGCACUGUGAAUAAGUACUUCCUUUUGUCUGCCUUGAAUCUUCUGCCGUUCAUUUUAACAAGAUGACCCAUUGGGUCCUAAUAUUAUGAGACAGGGAGGGAGAAAAAGGGCCCAGCAUGAGGAAGCAGGACUCUGAGCUGGACUUAAGCCCCUGGCCCGAAACACAGACCAGUCCUGCUCAAAGUUACUUGAGUGGGUUUCUAUGAAUUGUGUUAUUUGGGAAAGGCAUUCACAGAAGUAAAAUGAGAGUUUGUGUGCAUGAUGUGGUUUUUUUUUAACCAGAUAGAAGAUGAAUAUAGAGCUUUCCAAGAAGAAGCAAAAAAGCAAAUUGAGGACCUGAAUAUUACCUUGGAAAAACUUCGGACCGAUCUGGAUGAAAAAGAAACAGAAAGGAGUGAUAUGAAGGAAACCAUAUUUGAAUUGGAAGAUGAAGUAGAGCAGCAUCGAGCGGUAAAACUCCACGACAAUCUCAUUAUAUCUGACCUGGAGAGUAAGUAGUUUUUGUUUCAGUUACACUUUUUGGUUGUAGUUUCUACCUAUGUUUUUUUUUAAAAAAAAAUGCAUCAAAAUAGCUUACAGCUGAGUAAAAAACAUCAAUCACGAAGCGAGGGGGAAAUUAAGCAUAAUUUGUGUCAUGCACUGCAGUUCCCAAAGGAUGGUGCUGUGUGCUGAGGUCCGAAGGAGCAAAUUGGUGGCUUUGGCCUCUUUCCCUUCAUCUCGACUUUUGUCAUCUGGAUUUCAAAGACAGCCAGAGAUGUGACAGCUGAAAGCUCCUAACCACACAGGCAAUAGGCUUCCCACAUUCCACUUUUUCCAGAAGGAUGGUGGAGCCAUCACACAGAGAGCUGCCCCUUCCAUAUGCUGUUUUCUUAAACUUGGAAAAGCAUUCAUCAUCAUCAUCAUCAUCAUCAUCAUCAUCAUCAUCAUUUUAUUUGUAUGCCGCCUUUCCACAGUUAAAAACAAUGCUCAAGGCGGCUUACAACAUGACAAGAUUUACAUAAUUACAAAAGUCAUAAACAAUAAAUAAACCACAUUAAAAAAAAUUACACAACAAAUGGAAAACAAUUUCCACAUAAAUCAAAAUCUAAAACUAAGAAUACAGCAUUAAUAUCACAGUUUAAAAUGACAUAGAUAUGUUUUGUAUGUUCCAGUCAGGUGCUGCUGAUGAAAUUUUCCCUGUUGGAAGAACUUUAAUAUCAAACAAAUAAAAGGAUUCUUUAGUUGUGAUUUCUGCAUUGCAGGGGGAUGGACGGGAUGUUCCUUGGGGUCCCUUCCAACUCUAUAGUUCUAUGACUCUAUGAACACAGUUUUAUAUACACGUUUAUAUCAAAAUACAUAGUCCUCCUUUCUUUUCAGAUGCAAUGCUCAGGGAGUAACUAGCCUUUAUCCAGAAGACUUUGCUUUUAUCAUUAAUCUGCUUGGCAUCUGUGCCAUCAUUCAGUCUCACAAGAGUCCACCUUGUCCACUGUGCUGUUCAACAUUUCUAUGAGACCCAAGUGUUCAAUGUUGCCUGGAGAUGUGGAGUAGCAUGUCAAUGGAAUGCUGAUGUUACUCAGCUCAGACCCCACUGGGUUGAACAGCCCUCCCCUGGCAUCACUUUCUGGAAACAACCAUCCAAGUGGGAUCGGAACCACUGUGAAGCAGUUCCACCCACUCAGAUAGCCUCUCCAGAAGGAUAUUGUGGACAAUGGUAUUGAAAGCUGCUGAGAGAUAAAGGAGAAUGAAUUGGGACACAUUUCCCCUGUCUGUCUCCCAACAGAAGUCAUCAUAUAGGGCAACCAAAGCAGUUUCUGUGUCAAAGCCAGGCUUAUAUCCUGAUUGAAAUGGAUCUAGAAAAUCGGUUUCUUCUCAAAAUGCCUGGAUCUGGUUCACAACUCCUACUGAAUAACUUGUGAGAUUGGCAGCUCACCAGUAAUUACUUAGAUUUUACAAAUCCAGGGAGGGUUUCUUAAGGAGUGGUUUUACCACUGCCUCCUUCAAGCAGGCAGAGACCACCCCUUCUUGCAAAGAGGCAUUUAUCACCUCCCUGGCCCAACCAGCUGUUCCCUCCCUACUACUACUACUACCAAGAAGGGCAAGGAUUCAGAGCACAAGUGGUCGCCCUGACUGAUCCAAGCACUUUGUCCACAUCCUCAAGCCUUACAUCUCUUUUGCCAGCCACAAUUUCUGAAGAGGAAUAAUCUGGCCAUUGUAAUCUAUGAUAGUCCCCUGAUUGAAUUCCAGAAAAUGAUUUGAAAACUAGGAUAAGUGCAGGAUACAAACAGGGUUUUAACAGAGGCAGCUGUUUUAGAUCAUACCUCAUCAUAUUUGAUUGCCUGUUUGCUUCCAAACCUUAUUUCCAGGGCCAGUACUUGCUUCAAUAAAACCACUAAUGACUUGAGGCCCCAAAACAGCUGCUCCCUUAUCAACCGGCUUGUACCAUCUAAGGCCCUUCUCUCAGUACCACCCUUACUGGAUAUGAAGUGAGUGUCAACAAGGGAGACAGGUUUUUUAAGGGGGGGUGUCCUGUGAUGCCCCUCCCCAAGGAAGCUCCCCUGGCCACACUGCUUGCUGUUAGAUAACAGAUUAAAGAAACCAGCAAUAAUUGUUCACACAGACCUUUUAACUUGUUGAACUGUUUUACUGAUUGUUUAAGCAUUUUAUUGUUUUUACAUAUUGGCAUGAAAAGCAACAACUGUAAACUGCACUGGAAUCUUUUUACAGAACAUAAAAAUAUUUCCAAUAAAUAAGAUGAAACGGUGGAUUGGCUCAUUUUCUUUCCCCUUCUCAAAGCUCUGCUUUCAGGAGUGCUGCUUACAGCAAGGCCAUAUAAGGGCAAUUACACAACAGGGUUUCAACUUCAGUGCUUUCAUGAAAUAAGCAUGGGACCUGCUCUUACACUUUGACCCGUCUUAUUUCUUUGGGAAAACAAAUGUAAUUGGUGCGGCAUUUGGAGGUGAGGUGCCUUAUUCCCUGUAGAUUUGGCACAAGCAGUGAUAUCAAGAGCCCCACUCACUAUUCUGCUCAUGCAACAGGACUUUGUAUCCUCACCCCCCAACAAUUGAUUUUCAAAGGAGCACAGCUUGACCUAUGAAGUUGCAAUUUCUGCUUAACUCUGAUUCUCCUGCGUUUUCAGUGGGAAGACUGCAGAACAGCUGCUAAUUUGGUUGAUCCUUUGCUGGUUCUCUGUAAACACUUAAUGUAGACAAGCACUUCAUUUGAAAUGAAGUCAGUAAUCCAGGAAGAAACUGAAAGCUGUAUCAAGUGGCUGCUUGUAUCCUGUAGUUAUGGAAAAGGCAGAAGGAUGACACCUUGUGGGACUACUAGCACAGUUUGUGCCCUGGAAAACAUUGGAGCACAGAAAAUAGGAAAUGCAAACUAUGGUCAUUUUGUUAGUGAGUCUGGAGAUUAUUAAACUUCCAUGCAGGAAAUAUUGGGGGAGAGGGCACAUUUGCUCUCACCCUUCCUUGGUGUCUUGUUUCUCUCUCUGCCCCCUGCUUGGAAGGGAGAUAGAGAUGCACAUUCUCAUCCUCCCCCCCCCCCCAAAAAAAGGUGGCAAAAGGGUAUGACAUACAAUAAAGAAACUACUAACUUCUGUAAGGGCAGAAUAAAUUUGGUGGUGGUGAUUUGCCAUGCACUGGAGUUGUGUGGUUGCUUUUUAACUUCAGGCUUUGGUGCCCUAAGAUUUUUUAUCAGUGGAAGCUCAGUGGUGUAGAUUAGAUACUUCCCCGUCUCUCUUCCACAAGUAGUAGGGAUAAGCGAGUGCACCCCUGACAAAGGAUAUUAGCUGGGAAUUUAUUUUAAUAGUGUGUACAUGAGUAGCUCAGACUGCACAGUGGUUCCCAUGUUUGUUCUGGCCUAAGCACAUAGUGCCAUAUUCAACCUUUGGCACAUUGAAACAUUUCUGCUUGGAUGUCUGAUGGAACAAGAAUGUGUGAGCUCGUAUCUUCAUGGACAGCAAUGGAGCAGAAGAGACUAUUAUCCAAACUGGGCCUUCGCUUUUUCAUUCAACAGUACACUAGAUGGCGUACUUGGGUUUUCAAAGCUGACACAUGUGUUCUUGGAAUUCUGAACUUUUAACAAACCAUGGCAAGUUUUAAACAAUUCUCCACUAUUUGUAAAGCAAAUCUUAAAUGAGUAUAUUUUCUCUUUGUGAUUGGCUGUGUUCUUUAACCUUCAAUAUCAGCAUUAUAUUUGUAUAUUACCUAAUUACCAGGGCUGCAACGUAUGCAAUAUAUUAUUAAUCAUGCACUUUACGUGCUUUUAAUAUGUAUAAUGGUGCAGCACACAUUAAUAACACAAUGUGAAAUGCAACCAUAAGCAUUAUCCCUUUCAGAUUUAAUGUGCUCAUAGCAUAACUGAAGUUGAACCUGGUGUGUGUUACAAGUAAGUUGCUUGUUGUAAGGAUUGCUGUGUUGGAUCAGGCCAGUGGUCCAUGUAGUCCAACAUCCUUCUUUCACCUGUUGCCUCGAUGGGAAGCUCACAGACAAGACCUGAGCGCAAGAGCAUUCUCCUCCUCCUGUGGCUUCCAGCAACCAGUAUUCAGAAGCAUUACUGCCUCUGGCACACAAUUUAAGAAAAUAUUGCUUGGAAUCAGAUACCAAUUUAAGAUUCAUCAAGGGCUUGUGGGGGUUCACUAGGAUAGCUUGAGACUUGUGUUGAUGAUUUGAGAAAAACACUUCCAGCAUAAUGAUCUACAAAGAGCCUGAACUGAACUGCAUAAUUUAUUAUGGUUUCUGUUUCUACUACCUUGCAUUUUUGCAACUUGCCUGUUCCAGUGCUGUGGAAGGAAUGUUUUCCCAAGCAUCAGCAAUAUACCUUUCAGAAAUUCUGUGUGCUCAUAGCAGAUUCCUUCUUGAAAGUGCAUCCGGUAUUAAGAGGCUUGUGUUAACAUCAGAGUUAGUGUAAGUUCGAAAACCUUUUAAGAACAAUCCUGAGGGGUGUGUGGGAAAUACCCCGAAUGGCCCAAUGAGGACUGAGCAUGCUUAGCGGCCAGGGAUGUUGAGUGAAGUGGUGAGGUGCACAGAAAAUCUCUCUGUGUGCGUAGAAUGAAGUGCAGUAUCAUUUUCAGUAAAGAGGAUGUAGCUGAGAAGAGCACUCCACACGAGGACAUGGAGCAUUGCAAGGUGGUCCUACUUGUAUCACCUGUAUUCAGCUUCAUCAGUAUUUCUACUAUAAUCACACAGUUCUUAAAUCUUCAGAUAUCUCAAAUCUUCAAAUAUCCAAAGGGCUGUCACAUGGAGCAAUUUUGUUUUCUUCUGCUCCUGCAUUGCAAACCAGUGGCUUCAAGUUACAAGACAAAAGAUUGCAACUGAACAUCAGGAAGAGCUUUCUGACAGCAAGAGCUGUUCAACAAUGGAACAGACUCGUAUCGGGAGGUUGUGGACUCUCUUUCAUUGGGAAUCUUUAAGCAGAGAUUGGAUGGCUAUCUGUCAUGGAUUCUUUAAUUGAGAUUCCUGCAUUGCAUGGGAUUGGACUAAUUGACCCUCAGGGUCCCUUCCAACUUUACAAUUCUAUGAUUCUGUGAUUCAAGCAAUGAAGAUAUAAAUGAAAACUAAUCCUGGUACACAGCCAGUCAAAUACUAAAUCGGAUGUUGGUCAUGGUCAAAUUGCAUACUUUUUGUGUAGCUAAUACAAGGCUACAGGGGCAUUUUUAAUGUGACAGGUUUCACUGUAUUUGAAAAAGGCAACCUGAUGCAGCUGCAAGGCAGCACUGACUCUGCAGUGCAUCUCCCUUAAAUAAUUUGCUUGGGACUAGUAAUUGUUUCUAGUGAUUGAUAACAUUAAAAAAAGAAAGCACUGUGGUGGGGAAGAUGGAGAUACUUUUUUUCUAUUGAAAGCACAAGCAAAGGAAAUUCACCUGGGAGUAAGAACCAUUGGACUCAGUGGGAUUUACUUUUGAGUAACCAUUAAUAAGAUUCUGUUGGUAGUGUUUUUUUAUGGACAGCACAGAUAAUUUUAAGAAAGUGUUAGUGGCAUUAUCAUUUUUUUCACAGGAAAACCAUCUCUUGUCGUUGGCAUUUAUCCUAUGCAUACAUACUUCAUAUUAUGUGGUCCAUGCUUGUUUUUUGUUUUUGUUUUUAUAAUUAAUAGCUGUGAAAUGUAGGAGAGAAACCUAGAGUUCUAGAACCAAUUCGUUGAACUUCCCUUUGAAUACAUUAAAGGCAGUAAAAAAUUCCUUUGGGCUUUGGUGAAGUGUUUGCCGGUAAAUAACUUUUUUAAAAUUUCCACCUGAUAUAUUUGGUUUUGUUUUGCCAGAUACUGUUAAAAAGCUUCAAGACCAAAAGCAUGAUAUGGAAAGAGAGAUCAAGACUCUUCACAGACGGCUCAGGGUAUAUAAGCCAGUUCAAUAUAUCAUGGUUUGGGGUGGAGGUGCAUCGGGUGUGUUAUAGCAGUGCCUUUGGACUCCAUUGCUGCUAAUUAUAUUUUAUUUAAACUGUUUAUAUCCCACAUAUCAUGGCCUUCCAAAGCUGUAAAUUUCUUUUUCUGCUCCAUUUUCAGGAGGAGUCUGCGGAAUGGCGGCAGUUCCAAGCUGAUUUGCAGACGGCUGUGGUCAUAGCAAACGAUAUAAAAUCUGAGGCUCAAGAAGAGAUUGGAGACCUAAAGCGCAGGCUGCAUGAAGCUCAGGAGAAGAACGAAAAACUCACAAAAGAGUUGGAGGAAAUAAAAUCACGCAAGUGUGUGAAUGACAUUUUGGGUUCAUUCAUUAUAUUUUCCUAAAAUUACUUUAUUUAAUCUCUGAAAGUUAUUCAGCAAGAAACUGUAUAGUAAAAUGUUCCUGUCAACAAAAAUAUUUGUUUAUAAGUGUGUAAAACACACAAGCCACUCUACACGUAGGAAAAAGGACAACAGAUAUUUGCCCUUAAAGGUAAAGGGUAAGGGGACCCCUGACCAUUAGGUCCAGUCGUGACCGACUCUGGGGUUGUGGUGCUCAUCUCACUUUGUUGGCCAAGGGAGCCUUCCGGGUCAUGUGGCCAGCAUGACUAAGCCACUUCUGGCAAACCAGAGCAGCGCACGGAAACGUCGUUUACCUUCCCGCCAGAGCGGUACUUAUUUAUCUACUUGCACUUUGACAUGCUUUUGAACUGCUAGGUUGGCAGGAGCAGGGACCGAGCAACAGGAGCCCACCCCGUUGCGGGGAUUCGAACUGCCGACCUUUUGAUCGGCAAGUCCUAGGCUCUGUGGUUUAACCCACCGCGCCACCCGCGUCCCUAUAUUUGCCCUUAGACUGCACUUUUAAAAUCUUUAAAACUUCUGCACAUGCCUCUUGGAGAUUUAGAAAAAUGGCAACUCCAUUCUCCCCACUGCUAAAGGAAAAACUCUCAGAGAAGACUGGCAGGUUCCAAUAGGGUUACAGGGGCAAGCUCUGUGCCACAGCUCUUCUAAAUAGUGGGACAUGGUGCCUUUUAUGAGUGCCCGCCUUACCUCUAGUGAAACACUUCAGUAUGGAGCAAAGUGGCAGGCAGCUUAAUAAAUUCCAGUGAGCAGCGUCUCUACCUCAGGUAAAGGUUCCAUGUUGCUUUAGUAUGUACCCUAAUGUCUCACAUGGCAGAGUGAGGUACAGAAACACACAUUAUAGGGUCUUAGUUUCAAGGGUCUUCUGUUUAGUUAGCAUGAGUACAUUCAAUUUCCUAAGUGCCGUCCCUCUAGUCCAAAUGAAUUUGUGGCAAGGCAGGGGGGAAAGAGGAAAGCAGCUGCAUCUUCACUGGCUGAUGGAUGGGGCCAUGUUAGUCUCCCCCUUAUGCACUGCCUGGGAGUCCGUUAUGCACUGCCUGGGAGGCCAGGGUAGCAGCUUCUCAGUGGCUGUGGUUUCCUGGCCAAUGGCCAAGAUUAGAGAGUGCCUCCCUUCAGCUCUGCUGCCCCAGGUAAUUUCAACCCAAGGCAUAAAAAUCCUUACUAUAUAAAUACAAUUGAUGCCCUUCCCCAUCUCCCCUUUCUCCAAAAAGUAAUACAGUGGUACCUCGGGUUAAAGUACUUAAUUCGUUCUGGAGGUCCGUUCUUAACCUGAAACUGUUCUUAACCUGAAGCACCACUUUAGCUAAUGGGGCCUCCUGCUGCUGCCACACCACCGGAGCACGAUUUCUGUUCUCAUCCUGUAGCAAAGUUCUUAACCCGAGGUACUAUUUCUGGGUUAGCUGAGUCUGUAACCUGAAGCAUAUGUAACCCGAGGUACCAGUGUAAUGAAACUCUUUCUCAAAUGACUUUCAGUUUCAGACUUGCUCUCUGGCUUCGUAGCCUGUUGGAAGAUUUGACCCACUCCAAGUAGGCUUCCCAGUGUAGCAGACGCCCUUCAGACAUGUCCUCAUGAAUGAGUCCGUUGCUUAAGCACAGUAUAGAGGGAGGAAUUCAAGUUCCUUAGCAGUGUGCUUGCACUAGAGGAUUGGCUUGUGCAAGAGAAGGCACAGGAAGCUGGCAUGGUUCUUGUGACUGGUUGUGUAGCACAUUGCAAAUACAAGCUUCUGCUAGAGCAACUUUUGUACUGGAUUUCAUAUUGCACAACCGUUAUUCUCACCCUUGUGUUAGCACAGCAGCCCUUGUGCUGGCGGUCAGAGCACUGAACCCAUGCCAGAUCAUUUCAUAGUAUCUUGACAACUGCCUUCCCCUGAUAUUCAGGCAAGAAGAGGAACGUGGCCGCGUUUACAAUUACAUGAAUGCUGUUGAAAGAGACUUAGCAGCUCUGAGGCAAGGAAUGGGUUUGAGUCGCAGGUCAUCCACUUCUUCAGAGCCAACGCCCACUGUAAAAACUCUCAUCAAAUCCUUUGACAGUGCCUCACAAGGUAAUUUGUUUUUUUGUACCUGCAUAAACUUAGUGCAAUUUUGUUUGGAAGCACCACCAUUGGUUCUGUUAGCUCAAAAUUUUGAACAGAACAAGCACUCCAUGCAUACAUCAGUAGAAUGUAGCACAUUUUUUUUCGAGGGAGCUCCAGCCGGGUGACGAUACAUGUGGAAAUGUAUUGGAUAAUAUGUGCUUCAGUUUUGCAAGCCCAAAACCAUGCACCCGAGUUUUAAAAGUUUCUUGUUGUUCUGGGGCUUUGAAUAUAUGGCAAUCCUUAUUUAUCUAAGUUUUCAACCUUCUUUUAAGUUGCUUCAUCUUAGUCCACAAUGGUCUGUCUUCAGAAACUAACUGUUGUUAUUAUAGUUGAAUCUAUGUAUUUCAUUAUUAUGCUUCUGUGGCACUUAAUAAUGUUCAGAUAUAAAAAUUCAUCUGGGCUUAUAAGUCAUCAAGAAUCUGUUUACAAAAAAAGGGCACAUUUUAGCUUUAGAUAAGGAAACUGCUUUUUGGGCAAGCUGCAUAGGUUACUUCUCUUAUAUCUUUGCGCUCUUUGCAUGUUAUGAAAACAGAACUUGGCCAGAUUGUGCAGGCCUCGCUACAGGAGGACAUGGCCAAAAUCUAGAAUAUGUGAAAUUGGUAAAUAGCUGCCAGUCACACUUGGGUCACUCACUUCAGAUGAGAAGAUGUCUUACUCUGCAAUCUUGUGCCAUAAGUGAAAAAGAUGCAAAACUGUUGCUCUUAAUUGAUUUUUCUUUCCUUUUUCUAUUGGGAUAUUUAAACUAGAUGUUUUAGUGUUAAUUGAAUUUUUCCUGUUUUUUAAAGGAACUUGCUUGCUAUUAAUGUAAGCUGCCUUGGAAUAGCACUGCUCUUGAAAGUCUGCUUAGAAAUACUUGAAACCAACCAUACUUACCCCCUGUUUAUUUUGUUGUUUUUGGUAGUUCCUAGUCCAGCUGCAGCUACAAUGCCUCGUACCCCCCUGAGCCCAAGUCCUCUUAAAACCCCUCCUGCAGCAGCAGUAUCUCCAAUGCAGGUAAAUGUGUGUUUACUAACUGGAAGAGACUGUGAAGACUGAUGUCUUGGUUUUCAAACAGCUUAGUUCUUAAAUGUUUUGGCUCCCAAACGCCGCAUACCCGGAAAUGACUGUUCCAGUUUGGGAACUAUUUUUGGAAGCUGAAUGUCCAGCGGGGCUUCCACGGCUUCUGAUAGGCUAUAGGAGCUUCCUGCAGCCAAUCAGAAGCUGCACUUUGGUUUCCAAGCAUUUUGGAAGUCAAACUGACUUCUGGAACGGAUUCUGUUUGAUGUCCAAGGUACAACUGUAUUGGAAUUUGUAAUGGUGCUAGCAUGAUGCAAAAUCAAGAGAAGGUUUUGCAGUAAAAAUCGUGCAUUAAAUUUGUCAUUCAUAAUUGCAUCCUGACCUUCACAAAAUUCAGAGUGACAUACAUGGAUUUUCUCCUCUUUUUGAUCCUCAACAACCAUUAAAGGCAGGUUACACUGAGAAAGUGACUAGCACAGUUGACCUAGUGGCCAGAUUCAGAUGUAAGGUUUCCAAAUCUCUGACAUAUGGUUUGGAGUGGCAAUGAAUUUGAAUAGUCUUCCACCCAUUCCCCUGUCCUCUCUUUAAGCCACUUAGUUUGUUUAGUCACAGAUAUCUGAACCUGCAAACUGAGACUUAAGCACUUCCUACAAAUUGGUUUGAUCGUGGUGGACAGUCUUUGUUUGUAGAGAGUGCCUAAACAGUUUAAAGUAGCACAAGGAAGCAGGUUUAACAAACCAGGAAGUCACUGCUGCAACUGAGUGUGAGAAGAGAAUGGAAGAGGAAAGAACAUUCAUGCUCUUGCUUGUUCCCAAUCCACAAAACCAUGGUUUGUAAGACCUGGGAAUGUUGCAUUUGAAUCUGGCCAGUGAGCUCCAGCGUGUCCCUAGUUCAAGUUCUUGUUCCCUACAACUGUUAUGUCAUUUAGCCUUCAAGCCAGUUGAGAGUACUUAGACCAGCAGUUCAGACAUGAGGACUAUGAUUAUAGUUAAUAGUUUAUUAUUAUUCUGUAACUAAAAUUCAUUAAAAUGCCCACCUGCUCUCUCACCAGACCUGCGAAGUAGGCCACCAAGUCACAUUUUAUAAGCAGGGAACUGCAGACUCUAGUACUGUUGUCUAUACUGAUUUUUUUUAAUAUAAAUUCUGAUUCAUGUUUUAAAGAUUAAACACUGUUGGUUGUACUUAGUUUUACUCAGGGUGUAAACCUGAUGAAAAAAAUAGUCCACAUUGCUGGCUGUGCUGAAUUGAACCUACGUCCAGGGACCACAAUAGUGCUUCUGUGUGGGUUUUGCUUGUCUUAAUAUCUCACCAAUAAUAGUUCUUGUUUUCCUUCAGAGGCAUUCCAUAAGUGGACCAAUAUCUGCUUCCAAGCCCCUCACAACUCUGUCAGACAAAAGGCCAAGUUAUGCAGAAAUCCCAGUGCAAGGUAGGUGUUUUUUCUCUGUUAACAUUAUUUCACUAAAGCUCCCCCAGAGUUCUCCUGAGGUUAAAAAGAAAAGAAAAGCACACUGAAUAAGAGAGCGUAGAAGAGGCUCUUUUGACACAUGAGCUCCUUUUCUUUUGAGUACAGCAAAGUAUUGUUCAUAUAGAGGGCUUAAUGUCCUUCAUUACCUUACCCCCGCGCCUGCAAAAGGAAGAUGCAAAGCAUAAAAGCUCAAUAACAUACUGUUAAUUAGUGCUAUGUAUUAUUUCAAUUUCCUUCUUUCCAUGCUCACCUGAUCUGUUUCCUUUUACUUUAUGCUAGUUUGCACUGAGCUACACUGGGCAGAGGUGAGACAGGGAGGGCUAGACUGACUUUAAAAAAGGAGACCCACAAGAAAUUAUACUACCAUAUGGUCACAGUGGAAUAAUUGUUUGGGUAACAGGUGCAUAGAAGUCAUAAAGGCCGCAGUCUUUGCAGAUAAGGGUAUAGCGCUUGAAUAUGCUAAAAUCAAUACUUAAUCAGCGCUUGUAUAAUUAAAAAAGCAAAGAAAUGUUUUAUUGUUAUGAAAGCCACCUUAGGAGCAGGAGGAAUUAUUUCCAAAGCAAAACAGUAAGUAAAGCUAAAAACAGGCCCAUCCCAUGUAUUUGUAAUCAAGUAGAUUUUAGGAGCAUUCACUAGCUGCCUUCCGAACAUCUGGUUGUCAGUAUGGUGUGUGGGGAAAAAAGAGGGAGGAAGAGGAUGAGAGAGAGCCUAAAAUAGUACAUUCCAGGUACUGUUCUAUUAUUUUUCUGUUUCUGAGAGUUUGGCCUCCAAUGUAGGACAAAACAAAAAACCCCAUAAAACUGCUGUUCUCCACUUCUUGAUUGUGGCAGAGUCAGCUGGCCAAUUAUGCAUUGCUAAGAUCUGUCUGGGCAUCCUAACUAACUUCAGGAGGAAGUGAAUGAUGGACUGGUGCCUGCAUUUGUUGAGAUGUCCCUUGCACGCUAGUGGAACUGCACUUGAUAACUGCAGGAAAGUGUAGGAGCCUGUGCGGAUUUGUCAAGACUCAAGAACAAAGCUUGCUGGGAGAGGACAGCAAUUUGUUCUCUGCUGCCACAGAUAUCAAAGCUAGAGCUAAAGACCUAAGUUAUGGGAAGGUAGAUUUUGGUUGUUUGUUUAGAUUAUUUUUAUACACCUGUGCUCAAGCCACAGGACAGUUUACAACAGUAUCAGAUAGGAUAAGAUCAAGUAGAAUCCAUAAAAACACACAGUCCAUCAAGUACAUAAUACAGUAAAGGUAAAAGGUAAAGGACCCCUGGGCGAUUAAAAGUCUAGUCAGAGGUGACUAUGGGCUUGCGGUGCUCUUCUCGCUUUCAGGCCGAGGGAGCUGGGCUUUGUCCACAGACAGCUUUCUGGGUCAUGUGGCCAGCAUGACUAAACCGCUUGUGGCGUAACAGGACACCAUGACAGAAACCAGAGCACACAGAAACGCUGUUUACCUUCCCACUGUAACGGUACCUAUUUAUCUACUUGCGUUGGUGUGCUUUCGAACUGCUAGGUUGGCAGGAGCUGGGACAGAGCAAGGGGAGCUCACUCUGCCAUGGGGAUUUGAACCACCGACCUUCGGAUCGGCAAGCCCAAGAGGCUCAGUGGUUUAAACCACAGCGCCACCCGCAUAAAGUAACUCACUGCAACUCACUAAAUAGCAAUUUACCAAUAGCAGAAUCAACUAAUCCAUUUAUCUUAACAAUUCUGUGGCUGAAGAAUGGUUCAAGAAUGGCACCAAUGCCUAUGAGUGGGUGGUGAUGUUAUCAGAGGCCUUCAGGCAGAGGAAGGGAUAUACUCCCUCUGGAAUUCCUUUGUCGUACAGGGGUUGGGAUAGCUGGCCUAUAACUACUUGUGUAGCUCUUCCAUUUACUUUCAGUGCUGUCAGGGCAGUAUUUUAAUAAUGUCCAUAACAAAAGGUAAGGCAGUGUUGAAAAAGCCCUUUCUGUGUUGAAGAAACAAGGAUUAUAUGUUCACUGUUUACUUCUCCAUUUCCUGGUGCUGGUCAACUUGUUCUGCCUAUAAACUUUUCCUUUCAAAGUGCCCUUCCUGUAAGAAUGAAUAGCUCUCGUGUAAUGGGUGUAGUUCUUUGAUUUAUGUCUGGGGGCUUUUAAAAUAGACAUUUCUCAAGAAUAGCUUUCUUAGGGCCAAGCAGUAGGCUUCCUUUUCUGCCUUGACAAAUGUCAGCUAAACACCUACAAUGUAAAGAUUUUUCCAGGGAUGAAAUAGUAUUUUGUGCUAAGUUUUUAUUCAGUUAUGCUUUGAAUAGCAUUGGGGUGAUAUUAUAUUCAAAGUAAAUUUUAAACACACUUGACGUUUAACAGAAACUAAUAAGGCACUCCCUACACAGUGGGUGGCCAACCUGUGGCAUAGCUGACACAGACUUGUAGCCGUUUGUGUCCAUUUUGGACUAGGCUGAAAAGUGCUGUGGACUGGGCCAUCGCGUAGCAUCAGACUUGAACUUCAGUUAUUAAAAUAACUUAUAGCCUACCCUUCCACUGCAGCUCAGGGCAGAUUGCAACAGUUAAAAUUAAAUAAAUAUAAGCAAUUAAACAGCUGCAAUAUAGUAAAACAAAAGGAGAGACAGCAGAUAAAACAGCUUUUUUUUAAAAAAAACCUGGAAUCAGUUUAAAAACCUUGUCCUAGCAGGUCAGAUCCCUGCUGGAACAAAAAUGUAUUUGUUGGACCCAGAGGGUCAUGACAGACGGAGCCAGCUGAAUCUCCCAUGACUAGAAGUUCAGCAGCCAAGGAGGGGGCCACUUGAAAGGCUCUAUCCCACAGCAAGCCAAAUGCCACCAGUACACAAAGAACAGCCUUCUUUCCUCCACCCCCCAAAAAACCUAUAAAUGGAUGGCCAGGCUUAUACACAAGGAAGCAGCUCCUAAAAUACUCUGCGCCCCAGGCUUUAAAGGGAAUCGCUAGCACCUUAAAUUGUGCCUGGAAACAAACUGCUAACCAGUACAACUGAUGUAGUGUGCCAGUGCCAAUCAACAUCCUUGCUGCUGCAUUCUGGGCCAAUUACCUGAUUUCCAGCCAAUCAAAGGCAUGAAUGUUGUUGCAUAGGUACUGUAUUGGGCAGUGGACUGGGACACUUGUGAUCUUUGGAAUCUAUUUGUGUUAAUGAUGUGGCCGCCACAGAUCUACACAAACAGAGUAGCUUUUCACUAUCAGCUCUGUAAACCCAAGCUGCCCUGGCCCCCUAAAGGCAAUAUGUAUACAGAUUUUCCUCUCCUUUGGCCAUGCCAUUGUAUAAAAGUGUUGGAUGACUUCUCCGGAUUGGGUCAAGAUGUAAAAAGACAUUUCAGAAUGGAGUGGCAUGGGGGCGGGAUUCAAGGGACAGAGCUGGGGGAUGGGGGGCAGAGUCCUAUCAGCAUUUGCAAAAGCCCAUCUGACUGGUGACCAAUUAGUAAGGGAGUUGAUCCAUUGUGAGAUUAUUCUUAAGUCUUUGUUGCUUCUAAGCAAUUGCACCUGUUGCUGAGCCUGGCCUACACUUGCAGCAGCAGAAUAUGAGUUGGCUAAAAUGAACUUUACUAUAGGAAGAAGAUACUAUUUUUGAAUGCAUUGCCUAUGUAAGAAAAAAACACCUCCCUUCAAGUCAAGAAGCAGGCUAGCCUAGAGCCUGUCACCCUGAUAUGCUAGCCUAUUACUUGAAAACAGUUUUUCUUUUUCUUUUUUAAAAAUAAUAGAGCAUACAAAAUGGCAUUGCUCUCCUGCUGUGGUGAAGUCCAUUCUAUCUUCUCAUUUUAUAAGACCAGGCCUGAAGCUUGUGGUAAUGAAAUGCCUUUUCUUUAUUCUCUCUCUGCACAGAUCAUUUGCUGAGAACUUCCUCAACCAGCAGACCAGCUUCCCUGCCAAGAGUUCCUGCUAUGGAAAGUGCCAAAUCUAUUUCUGGUAAUAAUUAUGCCAUGCUAAUAAGGUGGUGCUUCAGUCACAGAGUCUUGGUGUGCAAUGCCACCAGCUUCUUUUGAAACAGUUUUGUUGGUCUUUUCUGACAUAACAGCAGUAAGUAAAGUGGGUAGAGUUCCAUAUUGACACUGUAGGUGAAUCUCGCCCACAUUGCAGGGGGAAAGCCGCCUUAGUGACUGAGGGAGGGUUUCCUCUCUCAAUUUAAAGGUAAACGCCCUUGCUAUUCUUUAUGUGCAUUUGAUGGAAAUUAAGAGAAUUAAAACUGGCAGUCUAGAUUUGUUCCUCACUGCAGCAGAGAGAAAGAGUGCUGUGUGCCUUCAUGUUUGUCCUCUGUUACACAGUAUGUGAUUUUGAAUAGAACAUAGAAUAUUUUUGUGACUACCCGUGUUCUACAAAAACUAAAUCCUUGCAAUCAGUCCUCUGUAGAGAAAAAUAGUUAGAAGGCUUCAAAAUCUGCCUCUUCCAGAGAAGGAGUCCUGACACGUUAGGCCCUUAGAAGAUAUUCCAAAACUUUGGAACGCUUAUAUUUAAAAGCAAAAACUCAAGUCAUGCUUCUUCAGGAAAAAUUAAUGCCAUCUUUAUAUUUGAUAGAUGAGAUUGCUAUUGGCGUGAUAGAGAACUUAAAAGUUUUGUACAAUUCAGUAGAAAAUUAGUUACUCAUCAUCUAGAUUUUUGCAAAGGCUCUUAGUUUUCUUUUAUGAGAAAGAGAAAGAAAUGGUUUCUAAGGUGUUUUUCCAUUUCAGUGUCUCGGCGAAGCAGUGAAGAAAUCAAGCGGGACAUCAGUGCCCCUGAUGGAGCAUCUCCAGCCUCUCUCAUAGCAAUGGGGACCACCUCACCACAGCUGUCUCUCUCGUCUUCACCUACAGCGUCCGUCACCCCUACGACACGCAAUCGAAUAAGGUACACCUCAUUGCUACACAGCCUGUCCUAUUUUUCAUACAGGGGUAUUCUUGCAGCCUUGCCCUUUGGAAGACAUCGGUCGCUUUUGCUAGAUAAUCAGUAAGCUUCCUCUGUAAUGGAGAAGCAGCAAACUUCAAUGGGUUUGCUCCUCAUUUUGGGUAGGUGCAUCAGCUGCCCAGCAUACCUUUUGUACAAGGAAACAGCCAAGUCAGUCCAAGUCAAGUGGGCCCUUCUGGAAGGCAGGAACUCUCUGGCAGCUGAACAAACAAGUUGAUGCCCAAAGCUCACCAGGAAGUAUUCCUUCCUUACAUCCUUUCCUGCCUCUUUCUCCUCUCCAAUUUAUGGUGGUCUUGAGUUUGGGGCUGGUACAUGGCAGAUCCUUGCACUUGCCAGCAAGGCUGCUGAUCAAAACCUUCCUUGCUGGAACUGCCUUUGACCUCUUCCCUGGACAUCACAGGAAAGUAGAGUUGGAAGGGACCCCGAGGGUAAUCUAAUCCAAAUCCCUGCAAUGCAGGGAUCUGCAAUGAGAGGAGCAUGUUUGGACUGCAGUGAGAGCUGCUGCUUCUGUCUUCCUCCGUCUCCCUUUUGCCUGAGCUGGGCUGCAGAUCAGCCUCCAUGGACCCCUUUGCACAGCAUCACCUGAGCACUGGAGGCAGCUGGAUGUGUUGGCGGAGCUGCCUAAGGAGCCCUUGUCUCCUCUUCCCUCCACCUUUUGGAACCCCUGCCUGCAUUCGUUGGGGGUGGCCAGACCUACUGCUUCAAACGGAAAUACCAGUGAACACAUCUGGUUUUGAGCAAGGUGUGCAUGGAGAAUAGAGGUUGCUGUAAAGAGCAACUCUGAAUAAGAGCUGCAUUGAAGGAGGAAAAGUUGCUUUGUUUAUUUCCUCAUACUUAAAUCCCACCUUUCCCCCCAGUUGGAGAACAGUGUGGCUAACAGUCUGGCGGAACCAUAAAUAAUAGCAUGAGUAGCUGGGUUAGGAAGAGGGUGGAUUACAUUCCAAAGGGUUUCACCUUGCUAAGUGAGGGACAUGGGAGAGGCAGAGAAGAGAGAAUGAACACCGCUCAUUGGCUCUACUGUGAGCUGAUUGGUGACUGUGACAAAUAUGAUUUGUGCGGGGGGGUGGUGGUGAUUCAGUACUUCUCCCGCUUAACUCUGUGGUGUGUGUAGGAACUAGCAGUCAAAUGACUGAGCUACUUUAUUGGGGGGGCAUGAAGAGGUGGGGAAGAGGUGUGUGCAAGCAGUUUAGGGAAAUUUUUUGUUGGGCAGCUUCAGGUUAAGUUGGAGGCAAUUUCUCUCCUCCCCUUCUCCUUUCACUGUUGCCUCUUAUUCCCCUGCCAGAUCUCCCCCCCCCCCUUCUGCACUUGGCUUCUUGGCAUUUUCAUAAAUCUUUUAGAUCUUUAAUUGACCCUUUAAUUGGUUGUCUGUCACUGCAGUUCCAUAGGUCAGCUGAAUAAAACUAUUGUUUCAAAUUAUGUUAUCAGACAGUUGCUAGUGGCUUUUUGUGGGGACAUGUGCUGACUGUAAAAUCUUAGUUGGGUGUCAUUUAGGUGUAGAAAGAACAGUAUAAAUGCAAAAGGAAACCUGUUUGAUUUGUAAUAUUUGUUGGGCUUUAAACAUUGAAACAAGAAUAUCCUGUGGAUUAGAAGUGUAAAUCUAAACAAGGCAGGGAAGGCUUCUAAUGCCAAUCUGUGAAACUUAAUCAGGCAUUGGGUUUGGAAUUUAGUUGACCUAGCAGACGCAUUUAAAAGAUUAAUAUUUGUUGUAAACUCCUUCUCAUUGUGUCCACACCGUUCAUUUUAUUUGUUUCCUGAAACGCUAUUUUCAAAACAAAGAACUUGACAUAAACUGUGUUCCUUACUGGAAUUUAGAAACAAGCCGUACUGUCCUCUCACAGUGUUAUGCAUGUUUAGGUUUUUGUUUCUUUUUUUAAAAGAAAAUUCUGACUCGAGGUUCUUUUUUUGUUCUUACUUACAAAGAAGUCUAGAAGUCAUAUUUCUGUUGGUUCUGCUCUCUAGUCUGCUCUGGCUUAAAAGUGUUAGCAUCUGGCUUAUAUAAUAUAUAGUGUGAAGAUAAUCUGAAAGAUUUCAGUUUUAUGUUUCAUUCAAGUCUGUAUGGUUCCCAGUCCAGAUUAGACUUUUUCCUUCUCACUUCACAGUUCAUCCCACUUAUACAAUCUGCAAAAUCCAAACCUUGCAAUCAUGGUCAUUUUACCCUACUUCAGUGACCAGCCAUCUAUAUAGAUAAAGAAUAGCAGAAAUCAUACAAUUCUAUAGCCAUACAAUUUGGUCUGCUAACUAAAUAUAAAAGAUCAGGUUCAAAACCCCUCCUCAAAUUAAUUGUACAAAGGAGGAAAAAAACUUUUAGAAAUCAAUAAUGCACUAGUGUUGUCCUGUUAUACAUGAAACAAUGUUUUUAUGAGUAUGGAGGUAAAAACUCUUAGACUUUUGGCAAACAGGUGUAAAAAAAACCUAAGUCAAAGGCACACAGUAUUCAAAAAAGUGAAGGCACCAAACAUUCUCUACUAAAGACAUCUGCUCAGAAUUUUCCUCUUUUUAUUCUAAAAUGUUUAAAUUGCAAUCAUUAAAUAAAAAAGAUACCCACAGUUUCUUAGAAAUCUAGCCUAGGCCGUCACUAACUCAUUAUGAGAAAACCUUUUUAGAUAGUCUCAUCUCCCUAGAAUGUUUCCCCUUACUUUUCAUUUAAACCAAUUCGUGAACAUUGACCACUAAUAAUGAACCAUAUGUUGUAGAUAUUACUGCAAGUUUAUUAUGCUUUUUUAAUAUAUAUAAUUAUCAUGAGAAGACUGGGUCUAUUUAUUUGUAUCAUUUAUUAUUCCUAUGAUCCUUGUUUAUAAAACCCAGUAAAAAGUUAUUUAUAAAAAAAAUUAAAAAAAUAGGAGUAGCAUCUGCUUCAGACAAAUCAGGCAACAGAAUGAUCAAAUCGGAAUCUGAGGUAUGGCUGUGAAGGAAACUUUUAAGGCUCUCGUACUGAAAGAAAUACAUAAUUAGGAAAGUUGAUGCAUCCUUUAAAAAAAAUCACUUUAAUGCCCAGAGAAAGGCUUUAUUUGAAAACGUAGCAGUGCAGAGUUAACAUUGUGAAGAUCCCCACCCCAUGCAGUAUGGAACCCCACCUGCAAUCUGAAAUGGCAGGUUUCACUUCAUUGUCUGCCGUGUUUGGCUUAGUUCUCAAUGUGAAAGAGUCUUUCCUGCAACGAAUGGGAGUUUUGAGAAAGCAGGACCAUACUUAUGCACAGACCCUGUUCAUUUUUCUGUGGAAUUAUGUCCAGUAAACUAACUGAGGAAGUGUCAGGCUGCUUGAAUGCAUUGUUUAAACUUCGCUUAAAUUGUGCUUCUGAAACCAGUUGUGAUUCGUAGAAGCUUUAGGUUUAUUUAUUUAUAUUUACAUGGUAAGGGCUUCCUCUUCUGGAAAUGUGAUGUUACAGGAAGCCCUUACCAUGUAAGUUCAGUCAUUGAUAAUUCUGCUUCUUUGCUGUAUGCAGUCCUGGAUCUAAAACAGCCUUUCCCAACCUAGUGCCCUCCAGGUGUUUAAGACUAUAGUUUUCAUCAGCCCCUGCCAGCAGAGCUGAUGCUGCAGUAGAAAAUAAGUCUUUUGUGCUGGUUGUAGUAAAUGGGAGUUCAGGUAAACAUUUGGAGGGCACAAGGUUGGGGGAGGCUGGUCCCAGAGGGUUAGGGCAGAUACACAGCUGCACCCAGAAACAGCAGCUCCUUCUGAGUCCCUCCCCCCAGAUGGAAAGCAUGUACCGUAUUUUUCGCUCUAUAGGACACACCGGACCACAAGACGCACCUAGUUUUUAGAGGGGGAAAUAAAAAUAUAUAUAUAUUGUUUCCCCCCCCCCAGCCCCAAAGAGCAGCGGACAGGCUGGAGAGGCUGCGCAAGGCUAAAGAGGAAGUCAAGGCAGCAAGCGGGAUGGAUCGCGCUCGCUGCCUUGGCUUCUUUAGCCUUGCACAGCCUCUCCCGGCUGGAGAGGCUGCGCGCGGCUAUGGCAAUUCCCCCACCUCCCGCAAAAGCCCAUAGGAGCUGCGCACCCUUUAAGGAGCGCGCGGCUCCUGCGGGCUUUUCUAUGAGGAGGGAGAAGGGACUGACUGGCUGCGUCAGUCCCUUCUCCCUCCUGGGGAAAAGCUCGCAAGAGCUGCGCGAAGCUUGGUGGCUUUUCCUGUCUGCCUCCCCCCUGCAUUCGCUCCAUAGGACGCACAGACUUUCCCCCUUAGUUUUUAAGAGGGAAAAAGUGUGUCCUAUGGCGCGAAAAAUACGGUAAUGGAAAGCAUUAUUCAGCAUCAUCACAUGUCAAAUGUCCCUGCCUUCACUUCUGUUCGUGGAGUGGAGUGGAGGAGCAGAGCCCUACAUGCGGUGAUGUCACAUCAUGCUUUCCUUUACUACCCAGUAUUUUUUGGGGGGUGUUGAACUAGGGCUGCUGCUUUCAAUGGCAGCCGCAUGUCUGCACUAGUUCUGCACUCCUAAAUCUUGAAGAAGGUAGUCGGUUGACAGUUAACACUCUGGCUUUGCUUUCCCUUCAAGGUGACAUUCCUAGUCGGUUAUGAGUUGCAGGGAGAUACCAUCAGUUUAUUUUCUAAAUUCAUACUAAAGUUCAGUGUGGCUUAAUGUUCACAUCGUUUGUUCUCGAAGCACCUCUAAUUGUGGCUCUGAGGUAUUAGAAAAAGGAUUUAUUUCCCAGCUGUCCUCCUCAUGAAGUCUCAAUCAAAUUAAUCUUUUCCCACUGCACAGAGAAGUGUCCGUGGGCUGCUAUCCUUGCUUUGGUUAUCUACCUGGGAGUUCAGGGCAAGGGAGCAAGCUGACAGGCAGGGGGUUGCUGGGAAAUUGAUCACUUGUCUCUGUGGGGGUGGCUGAAGUGCUGCUGCCUGGGAGUUGCCUAGUCUCAGCCUAGCAAUGGGAAGACAGAGGGAAGGCCAGAAUGAAUAUAGAACAUGGCGCUGCCCGCAGAGCACAAUGCAGUUUUGAUAAGAGCAGAAUGAUAUGGAAGGAACUUUCGCUGUUUUAAAAAAAUGUUCUGAACAUUCAUUUGUAUGAACGAUGUGAAUUUUCUCCUUCACUUCUAGAGAAGAGAGGAAGGACCCUUUGUCAGCUCUGGCCAGAGAAUAUGGAGGCUCCAAGAGAAAUGCUUUGCUGAAGUGGUGUCAGAAGAAAACAGAAGGGUAUCAGGUAAUGGUUGCUUGUCCUUUCUAUAGUGCAAACAUGAGAGCAUCUGCCAGGAGCACAAGCUGGGCUGCUCCACAAUUCACGGCAUCGAUCGUGAAGGAACUGGUAUGUACUGUCCUGGCAGGAACACAAUGCUGCAGGAGCCAGCUCAGCUGUUAUUUAUAGUCACUCAGUCACUUUGCACAAUACAAACGUGUGUGUUCUUCACAGAACAGCUAAUCCGUCCAUUAAAGCGGGUUAACGGUGCUAUCCUGCACAUGUCUACUCAGACAGAAGUCCACACUGAGUUCAGUGGGAUUCGCUCCCAAGUUAAAUAUGUAUAGCAGGGACGUCCAACUCCCAAGAGAUUGUGAUCUACUCCCAGAAUAAAAAACUGGCAGUUAUCUACCCGUUUUUUUUUGGGGGGGGGGGACACCCAAAAUUGUUGACAGGGGGGCAGGUCGAAGUUGUUGAGCUUUUUCUUAGGAGGGCAGGCAAAAGUCGCUCACCAAAUGAUCGCUAUCACCAAUAACUCCAUCUGCUGUUUUUGCAGUCGUGCACAAAUGAAGGACAGGGCAAGGGGGCAGGGCCAGAUGCUCUUUUUCCCCCGUGAAGGAAAUUGAGACAGUGUUUGACUGCUACCUCCCGGGGAUCGACUGGUCAACCAGUUGGAAAUCCCUGAUGUAUAGGAUUGCAGUCUAAAAUGACUAGCUUCCAUCUUGCACAUUGAUAAUUCCAAAUUAAGAGGAGGGUGGAGAGCGAAAUCUUAUUCUAGAGUUAAACCUCUUAAAAUGGCAAUAAUAUAGUACAUAGAAAGAGGACAUUUUAUUUUAAAGUGCUUUCAUAUUGCUUUUCAUUUAAAAAUCACAGGUCUGUGCAGCAUAAUGUAAAAAUUACAAUACAGUGGUACCUCCGGUGGCGGACAGGAUCCGUUCUGGAGCUCUGGUCAGAUCCUGAGGUUUCUACAACCGGAGGGACUGUUUCUGUGCAUGUGCGCAGCACAGUAGAGCACUUCUGUGUAUGCGCGUGCGGUGAAACACUUCUGGGUUUGCAGCUUUCACAACCCGAAGUUUACGUUACCCGAGGGUAAUGUAAGCCGAGGUGCUACUGUAAAAUCAACACCCAUACAAUAACUGAAAGGCCAAAGGAAACACAUCAGCAUUAAUUGUCAGCAAAGGGGACUAGGUAGAGCAUGAUUCCUGCUUCUGUCCCCUGGUAUUAUAUUGCUGGUGUUCUUACUCUGUGUGAGCUCAUUCUCCUGCUUGCUGGUGAUGAUGCAAAAGCAGAGUUUGGCAAACCAAUAUGGCUGUCCCCUGGGGAAGGACCAUAGUUUGGGGGCCCUUGCAUGCAGAAGGUCCUAAUGCCUGGGGGAAGCUCCUGCUUGAAACCUUGGAGAGCCACUGCCUGUUGGAAGAGACAGCCCUGAGCUCGAUGGACCUAGUGGUCUGACUCUAUGCAAGGCAGCUUUCUCUGGUCCUAUCACAUUUGGAUGGGUGGCCCACUGCCGUGUCCCCUCAUUUAUCUGGGCUCCAGGCAGACCAGCCUCCUAAGGAGCCACAUGCAAUACAAGCAUGGCCUCCUUUUAGGGGAAGGGGUGUCAGGCAUGUGCUUUGCAUGCAGAAGGUCACAGGUUCAAUCCACUAAGGCAUCUCCUGGUAGAGCUGGGAACGUCACCUUGCUGCCAGUCAGUGCAGGCAAUACCGAGCUUCUUGGACCAAUGGUCUGACUCUGUGUAAGGCUUCCAAUGUACUUACUUAGCUUAAUUGUAUAGGAAAUCUUUGGAAUGCAAAGGGCAACCUCUCGGUUCUUAAGUGUUACUUUGCUUUGUCAGGCUUGAGACUCACAAUACAUAAGGAAGUUGGAAGGCUACGUAACAGGAUGGUGGGGGGACAUUAAUAGAAAGGCUGUACAAUGAGAGAAGCUUGUUUUUAUGUAGGCAGAGGGGGCCCCUCCCCUCUCUUGCUUCCUUGGCAUCUCUGCACUGACCGAAUGGUGCUAUUUCUGAAUGUAGACCCUCCACGUCCCCCCUUUCCUUCAAAGGCAGGAUGUGGGAUGCAGCUGAAUGAAUCGUAAAACUCUUCAAAUGGGAAAGCAUCUGAGACAGGGCAAGAAGCAUGUGACAGUUUCCUUAAUUUGUCACGAGAAAGCGCUCCAUCCUUUCUAUCUCAAGCAGCCUGUGCCAGAAAGAUAGUCCUCUUGCUCACAUUCCCGGAUUCCCUGCAUCGACUAAGUCUGGAGGAGAGAGACCUUUGGUCCGCUUGCAAGGAGGGGCAGCUGAUACGUGACUUUCAGCAUGUGCCGCUCCCCAUGCAGGACCACCAGUUUUGGGAGGGGGCCAGAGUUCUAGUCUUAGGACCAGUCUGCCCUUUCUGUGAACAGUCAAAUGAGAAAGCUUUUCCUGCGCUCUGCUAUUUCAUGCCGCAGGUGAUGGGGGUUGGCAUUUUUGAAUGUUCGCUCACAAAGAAACAGAAAGCUAGCAUGUUGAGCAGGAGGGUUUAGCCCUAGCUUUACCCCUGAUGUGUCACAUUUCUGAAUACAGGGAGCUAGUCAUGUGAGAGUGCUUUCAAACAGCAGUUUCCCACAGGCAGCCUGAAGUGAUACAGCCCUGGAAAAGCUUUCCUACUUGAUUCUGCUGACUGUACAAAAUGGUCCUUAGGCUCCCAUUUUGUUGAUGUUUGCACUCAUCCAUGUAACUUGUUUAUGUGAGUAAUUUUUUUUUUAAAAAAAACUCCUAUAAUUCUAUUAAAAUCAAGUAAAAUAAAAAGAAUGUUUGCAACUAGUCCAGGGGUGGCCUUCUUUUGAAAACAUUUUACAGCUGCUUAGAGCUGGUAGUGACAUCACUGUCCAUGCAGUAAACACAUUUUUUUAAUGCUCCCAGUAAUGACUAUACACCAUAACAUGCAGUCCCUUAUUGGGGAGUUAUUGUACCUGGGAUGGUAGCCAUCUUUUUAUUUUUUAAAAAAAUAUUUUUAUACCACUAUGUCGUAAAAAUGUAUAUCAAAGUGGUUUGCAACAGUAAAACAAUGUCCUUGCAUGGCUACCAGGGAUAUUAAUGGUAUAAGGGGAAAGGUCCCCAUUGUGAAGCAGACCACAAUAAUCCUCAGACUUCCCUGCUAGUUGACAACACAAUCCAUUUUUAAGAAACUGCCCAUGUGCAUGGUAGUUGUUGCUUGCUUGCAGGUCUGUUUGCUCCCCACUUUAGCAUAAGAACAUAAAAACAUCCGAAGAGCCUGUUGGAUCGGGCCAGUAGCCCAUUUAGUCCAGCACCCUGUUCUCUCAGUGGCUGAACAGUUGCCUUUAGGAAACCAGCAAUCAGGAUUCGAACACAAGAGCACUAUCCCCUCCUGUAGUUUCCAGCAACUGGUAUUCAGAAGCAUUGCUACCUCCAGCUGUGGAGGCAGAGCACAGCCAUUGUGGCUAGUUGCCACAGAUAGUCCUCUCCUCCAUGAAUUUGUCCUGUCCUCUUUUAAAGCCAUCCAAGUCGGUGGCCAUCACUGCCUCAUGUGGCAGCGAAUUCCACAGUUGCUAUGUGAAGAAGUACUUUCUUUUACCUGCCCUGAAUCUUCCGACAUUCAGCUUCAUUGGGCGUCCAUGAGAUCUAGUGUUACAAGAGAGGGAGAAAAAGUUUUCUCUAUACACUUUCUCCAUGCCACGCGCAAUUUUAUAAACUCCUGUCCUGUCACCUCCUAACUCAUCACAACUGUGUCCUUUGUGAGUCCUAGAAUCUUGGCCAUCCCACAUGUAAUGUGUGAACUCUGCUGUCCUGAGCAUGCCUGACUGUAUCCGAACCAGGUCAAAAGGGCAUGUGCUCCAGCUGAUCUGUUACUCCCACGGCUAGUAGGAUUUAUAGCAGCGUGUGGAAGCCUGUUACAAUAGAAGGACCAGCAAGAGGACGUUUCCUGUCUGAAACAAUUCCUCUCUGCAGCACUAAACAUAGUAACUAGUUACACUUUCCCAGAAUUUUCAUUUGCAACAUUUUAAGCAAAACUGGGAAGCAGAUGUCAUAGAUAGAUAGAUAUUUUAUUUACGGCUAUUAGCCCAUAAAGUAUGUACAAACAUAAAAGCACAGAGGCAUAAAGACUAAUAUAUUCGGCACCAGAAGGUGAACACCAUGAUGCAGGGGUGGGUCAUUGAGCAGAGCCAGAAGCAGAUGUCAUAACUUUGUCUGUCACUCUUUUGCCAUCUAUUGAGAGGUGUACGUGCCUAGGGGAGGGUGCUCUUCCUCUGGAUUUCCUGCACUGGGGGGUGGGAGUGGGGGGUGCUGACUAGUUGUCCUGCUUGUAACCCCCCCUUCCAACUCUAGGAUUCGCUGCACAUCGUUCUGUUUGUGAUGGGAGCUAAUCAAUUUAUUUUUACCACUGAUUUUUAGUGUGUCCAGUCAUCUUAAAAAAUUGUGCCCAGCAAAGAUGAUGCCCAUCAGCAUGCACAAUGCUUCUUUUCCAAUACAGUGGUGCCUCGCAAGACGAAAUUAAUCCGUUCCGCGAGUGUCUUCGUCUAGCGGUUUUUUCGUCUUGCGAAGCAACCCUAUUAGCGGCUUAGCGGUUUAGCGGCUAUUAAAGGCUUAGCGGCUUAGCGGCUUAGCUGCUAAAAGGCUAUUAGCGGCUUAGCGGCUUAGAAAAAGGGGGGGAGCGAAAAAAAAUCUCAAGACUCGCAAGACAUUUUCGUCUUGCGAAGCAAGCCCAUAGGGAAAUUCGUCCUGCGAAGCAACUCAAAAACGGAAAACCCUUUCGUCUAGCGGGUUUUCCGUCUUGCGAGGCAUUCGUCUUGCGGGGCACCACUGUACUCAAGGUUUAUUUGGGGUUUUUUGUGGGGAAACCCUUGAAGAUCUCUGGCAAAUCGGAAAGGAGUAAUAGUGAUGGCAGAAGGAUAUUUCACAUAAAAAGUUCUCUUCUGCUUCCCUUAAAAUCAGAUUGUUUACAGCAUAAUGAAAUUUCAGCCACAUUCAUAAAAUACUACUUAAUUAAACAUCUUUAAAGUUGAAACCCAAGUUUAUCAUUUUUGCUGUACAAAGACUAGGAUUGCCUCUAUCCUUUGCAGUUGGCCGUUCACACUCAACCAUGGUUUGACUUAGCAUUAUGUGGAAACAAAGGCAGCGUAGCAUGAACUAUACCACAUAGUAAGAUUUAGCAUCUUAACUUUGUCCAGAAGUGGUUUGGUGCCAUGAAUUUAUCCUAAGGGUGUCAAAGCUCAUGGCGGACAGAUUUUGAAAAAUAGCAAUCAUUUAUAUCCUACUACACUUGUGGAAAUGCCUGAGUCCUUCUAGAACAGGCAUGUCCAAAGUCCAUUUUGGGGGCCUAAUCCAGCCUGCCGUUCAGUUUAAUCUAGCCCCCGUGACAGUUUAUUUCCUGGGGUAAAAUACUAAAAAACGCUCAACAACUUCAAUCUUAAAACUGGCUAUCAUGCAUGUUCACUUCAUUAGAUCUGGCCCGCUUUGAAAAAGGUUUGGACACCCCUGUUCUAGAAUGAUCCAACAGCUACUAGAUCAAUUUUUCUGAAGCAUUCAUCUGUUUUUUACAUUGCAUUGAAAUUACAUUUUCCCAGCACGCGGAUCCCAGUUUGUCAUUGCUGGUAAAAUGCUGUUACUUCCCCAUCACAAUAGCCCACAAAGUAUUAAUUUCUCAAUCAAAAUGGAUGUAUUUUAUAUACUUUGCUGACAUAAGUGCUCAAUUGAGAAUGAAAACAACUUAGCAGCCUAUUUAGUUGAUCUCUUGAGAGGCCUCUCGGCAAAAAGUUAGAUACCUCAUGCCCUUGUGUUUGAGCAUCGUUCAGAGGAAGAUAAGACCUGAGCACUUAGUCAUAGGUGACUUAGCAAAUUGAGAAAACAUUGCCGUGGACUGUGGCAAGUUUGUAGCUAGUCAGCAUUCCUGCCAUAAGCUUCUAUUGAUGUUGCAACCAUCUCUUCAGGACUCCUACCUAAAUAUUAGUCAUCUUUACUUACUUGCACUGUGCUUAGUGUCAGGUUUAAUAUUUACAGCUGAUACCAAAUGACAGAGAUUUUUUUACUCGGGGAACUAAAAACCAUGUGAAAUAGCACCCUUCCCAACUACGUAUUUCACAGAUAGAUCCAUGAAUAGUAAAUAACUGCUGAGAGUGUAAUGUUAUUGAUUAUUACAUGGGCACAGAGUGUCCCAAAAUUUUGCAUCUGAUGACAGUAUUAAGGGACUGUACAAUGCUGAGCAUUUUCAGUAACAUCUAUGAGAAAAAUAUAUUCACAGAAGUGUUUACACUUCGUGUUCUUUCUUUCUCUCUGCACCCUUCAGCUAUUGAUCAUUUAGCUGUUUUUACUUAGAAGUAAAACCUCUGUGGUAAUUUUAAAAUGCUUGUCAUGCAACAGCGUUAAUUUCUGAGUGCUCGUAAAACUAGGUAUAGCACCCUCCCAUAACUAGAGGUGGAAAGGAAUCAUUUCUGCUGACAUGCCAGGAAGAGGUUUAACUUGGAAGCAUGUGCAGUCAGAGCAGCAUUACCGAGGGAAAAUGUCUUGGGUAGGGAAGUAGCAAGUUGUUUUUGAGUUUCCUCCUGGGGGAAACAAAAUAAGCUUUUAUCUUAGGUUGCUAAUGGAUCUGCUGUCUUAAUUCUUGCAGAAUUCUGCUCAUUCAAACCAAUGCUUCUUAAAAAAAUAAUCAGGACUCAAAAAUCUUCAAUUUAACCUGCUUCUCCUCUUGCAAGGAGGGAAGUUGCUAUCUCUUUUCUCCUUCUACAAAUGUCACUGAGUAAUAGAAUAAGUAAGCCUCACAGUAGGUUUCUCUCUUACAUGUGUGCAUAUUUCCCUCCCCUCUUAGAAUAUUGAUAUCACAAACUUCAGCAGCAGCUGGAAUGACGGGUUGGCUUUCUGUGCUGUUCUUCACACUUACCUCCCAGCUCAUAUUCCCUAUCAAGAGCUGAACAGUCAAGACAAGGUGAGUAUUAUACUGAGCUUUGUUGAAUGUAGUUAAAACCAUGCUGGAGACCAGAGCCCCUUCUCAGAUCCUCUCAUGGACCAGACUUGCACUUCUGCCACUAUUCUGGUCACCAGCACUCACUGGCAAUUGCAAUUCCCCAUUUGCAGUCCUAGUCACAAGCACACCUUCCUCGCACUUAGUCCAUUGUAUAUUUGUUUAAAAACUUUGUGUGAUGUUUUGUUUUUUGCAUUCAUUCAUUGUCUUUGUCCACACAUUACUUUAAAUGAGUUAAAAACAAACCCAGUAGAGGGGUGCUUAAAAGAGUUUUGCAAGCCUGUGAUCAACUCGCUGGACAAGUCCCUAAGGCAACAUUGUCUUUUUAAUUAAAAAAAAGUUGUUUAGUAGAUUUAUUUUUGACUCAAUGUAUUUUUCAGAAAAGAAAUUUCACUCUGGCUUUCCAGGCAGCUGAAAGUGUUGGCAUCAAAUCCACUCUGGUAAGUGUGUGCAAAGUUUAGGGCGAUCUGACUAACUUUUACCUGGAAGACUAAUUGCUAAAUAGGCACAUGCAAGGAUUGUGCUGUAGCUGUGUGUUUGAAAUUACUGUACAAAUAAAUUCUGGGAUAGAAAUAUCAUAACUGAAAACUAGAAGGCUCCUUUAAAGAGAGGGUGUGUGUUUGUGUUUGUGAAAAUAAGGCUGGUGCGAUUAAAUUGCAAAACAAGACUAUAAAUUAGUGCCCUGCAAGUGCUCUCACUCUCUUGGCCAGACGAGACUCAACACUAUAUGCAUUAUUAGACAGCACACCCAGUUUUGUUUUCCUAUUUGGGGAGAGAUCAUCAUGCAGACCACAGUGCACAGGGACAUGAGUGUUAGGUUAACCCUUCCCAGCUGUGAUCUUUUCACUUUGGCAUCCAGUGGGGCAAUCCCACAAGAAGGGAUUUUGUCAUGAUUGCAGCUGGGUAAGGGAGCGUUAAACCUGCCCACAUACUGCAGUCCCAAUGAAAAUUGUGGGACCCUGUGCCAGGGCCGGAUUUAGGUUUGAUGAGGCCCUUAGCUACUGAAGGUCACGGGGCCCUUUAUAUGUCCAGCUGUCCUUUGUCAACAACAAAUUGUCACUGUUUUUUGUGUUGAAUAUAUGCUAUAUGGUAAUUUAUGGACCUAAUAGGUAUCUAAAGCCAUAAUGGGAUCAAAAUAAAUCAAUUAUGUAUUGCAUGAAAUCAAAUCAGUAGGCAUAAGACUCAUAUCCUUAGUCUAUGCUGCCUGAUCAUCAGUCUACAAGCACUCUUUAAUAUUAGAUAACAGAUACAACGACAUUCAACUGUGCUGCACUGCAGUCUGCAGCUGCAUGCUACAUGCAGCCAUGCAACCAGUCCAUGCAGAAUGUAGGCACCCUGUAUAUAGAAAUGAGCAAACCAGUGAUAUUUUAGGGAGCAGGCUAGCAGGCGGGGCCCAUUACUUAACAUCAUAGGAGCCUACACAACACAAAACACUGUUGCUAUAUGUAGGGGUUUUUUUUUUUUUUUAAAUCAUCUUAUAUUUGGGAAAUGGACAUCUAGGGGUUUUUUUCUUUAAUUUUUUUGGAGGCCCCAAGAGAGUGGGGCCCUAAGCUAUAGCUUGUUUAGCUUAUACGUAAAUCCGGCACUGCCCUGUGUCUCUUCUUAACAAAUCAGCUCAUGACUGUUGGAAAUCGGUUAAAACCGGUGCCAUUUUGUACUUGUCAUGGAGGUCAAACCUUUAUUCUGCUUGGUGGUUCAGAGGAGGCAAACCUAUAAAGCAAAUCUAAAAAUAGCUCUCCUUGCUCACGGUCAAGUCUCUGCCAGCCAUUGUCUGUGAGUUCACAAUGGGGAAUGCUACUGUGGUUAAUACUUAUAAACUAUGCAGUAGCCAGUGAAGGUGGAACUGGCUUGGACCCAAGAGGGCCAUGGAUGGCAGCAUUAGGGGUACUGUUGCUUCCCUUCUGCAGGUAAGGGCUGAAGGGCAGAGGCUCACCUAACAAGUCCAUGGGACCCACCGACAGACAUGGACAGCCAGAGCUAAAAGCAGGGUGGGGUGCAGAAUGGACAGCCUCCAAUCCUGAUCUCGUUUUCUUUUUAGACACCCUGAUUCCCCCUCCUCGCAAAAAGCCAGCUAUAUGACUUUCCUCUUGCCUUUUCACACUCCCAUUUAUCAUCUCUGUUGACCAGAGAACACAAUGCAAGCAGGAGAGCAGCAGAUAUGCAGCAAAUUAGCAUCCAGUAAUGCAAUUAAUACGUAGGUAUUCCGAAAGCAAGACAGGACUUGUACUUUAAGCUACACACAAACUGUUCACAUGUGGAACUACAAUUCCCAGGUAUGCCUUGCUCCCCACCCACCCCCAGGAUAAGCUGAGCACUACAGAAUUAGAAGCAGAGCCUGCAAGCUUUUCCUUAUUAAAUGUCUAUCUUACAGAUGACCAGUUAUAGAUGUGAUUAUGAUUAACAGAGUACAAGAGUUAUUGGAAGGUGGAUAUCUGUUUAUAUAUUUUUCUCUCUCUCUCUUCCUUCCCUCUGGUAGGACAUUAAUGAGAUGGUACGAACGGAACGCCCAGACUGGCAGAAUGUCAUGUUGUACGUUACAGCGAUUUACAAAUACUUUGAAACCUGAGAGCUGGAACAUCAAUAGAAAAUGUUGGGGAAGCACAAUCCCAGCACCACACACUAAGCUCAACCAACACCUCUUGACUUUGGAUGAAACUCUAAAACAGCAUUCUGAGUGGCUUUGGUGAGCAAGGUUUCGUUAACCCAGCACUUGGGCAAACCCAAAUAGCUAAAUGAGCUGGAUUAAAUUAUUAGCCUGUGAAGCCUGAACUUUACAAAUGACCCUGUAAGGCCAAGUGUCAAAAAGCUUCCAAACUUCCGUUGGUGAAGAGUGAACUGAAUGAGAUGCCACUGAAUCGACAAGGCUGAAACGUAAGGGAAGGAAGUCUCUAGGACUGUAUUGCAAGACUUUUCUUCAUGGAAAACACCUCUGGCGGUUGGGUGGGUGUUCUGCUUGUUGCUCCUCACCUAAGUACAGGAAAAACUUUUAAUCAUCACCUAGUUAUUGCCUUAUUCUAUCUCCAGCUCCUCAAAGUGCACAAUUCUUAUAGGAAGUACAAGGGUGUCUUCUCCCACUGAGUUCACCUGACUGAAGAAUGGUGUCAAAUCUUGGCCUACUCUCAGUGCACAAAAUGAAGAGUCUGUGUUUAAGCCUACCUCUCUUCUCCAUGGCUUCCAACUUUAUUACUGGAUGGAUUCCAGCCUUGCACAUUUGAUUCCCAACUUUGAGGAUAUUACCAUGUGCAGGUGAUCGGACACACUGCAAUUUGUUGUGCUUCCAAGAGAAUUUAGUUUAUAUGGAAUUUACUUUUAUUUGGCAAAGUGUAACCUUUCCUUUGCAGGAGCUCAGAUGAUGCAUCACCUGAGAUUAAACUAGUUGAAAUGAUUGUUUUGAUCGUUGGAUAGGUUAAGCUCCUAUUCAGAAAAGAACUUUCUGCAACUAGCAAUAACUGCUUCUUGCCCCUACGGCCUGCAGGUAGCUUUGCGGUGUGUUCUGAUCUGAUUGUCUGCCAAAAGCAGCAGCAGUAGCUGCUGCCUGUUCCCAGGGUUUAUCUAAAAGGGCCUUCCAUGGGCCUCCCUUUCAGGAAUGACUUAAAUGAAUGGAGCAUACAUAGGAUCAGCAGCCAUGAUUCAUAGAUUGUGCCUGUGAGCUGAAAAUUGACCUCCUAUAAGCCUAGUUUAAAAUAUGGGAUCAAUGCUGGCGAGAGAAGGAAAUGCAGAGUUCAGGACGUUUGUACUGUGGUGUUGAGUCCACUUGGCACAACUCUCUGGGAGAAAAGCAUUAAAGCAAGUGCCUUACUUGGCUCUGAGGUAAGAGGAGCUCUAAUUGCAAGGCAGUGCACAAAAGACUUCAGACAUUUGGUGGUAGCAGCAGCAGUGAGGCUUCUAUGGUUCUGUCCUUCUCUAAGAAGGCCUCAGCGCCUACCAUCUUUUUCCUAGAUGCAGAGCAACUGUUAGUCCCCGCCAAGUGGAGACCCAGUUACUGCUGAGGAAUAGGGAUCUUUUGAGUACCCCAUUUUGAUGAGCCCCAUAUCCCUGUUACUUAUAGAUGUAUUUAGCUUUCAUUUUUCCCUAACAGCCCAACUAGAAAUAAUCCUCUUUCUUUUUUUCAAUCCUUUCUGUGUGCCUGGAACUCUUAAAGGACGCUUCUUGAAUGUCAUAGGUAUAUGAAUGGUCACGAAUGUAGCCCCGGUCCAAGGUCUGCUGUGGAAGAGUCACUAUGACAGGAGCAGGUGCCAAACUGAAUUUUGGGACAAGUCGGAAUAAACUUUGAACCUUUCAUUGUGCCUCCAGUACCCCCUGCCUUGUACAUGGUUUCAUAGCUCAAGGAAUACAAGCAAAACUUACAUGUGGCUAUAAAAUGGCUGGUGAGCUCCCAUUGCAAGUGUUUAAAUUCAACUCCUACUUUCCAGUGGUUUUUUCUCCUUCCUCUCAAAUUGUGAGGCUAAUAUCAAAAGUUCCUGCAAAUACCUAAAUGACUUUGGCUUUUGAGUGAACAGAGUUAGCAUUUCCCAGUUAGGGACAAAGAGUUGCAGAUUUUUUAGAUGGAACUCACCCUUCAAAAAAAACCCCAAAAGUCCCCCCCCCAACUUUUUGCUAGCCCUAAAAUGAGGUACUAAAGAUAAUCCUCGCUGUGUUAUGCUUUACUGUUGUGGUACAAAGGAAUUUGCUUCAGGUCCCUUGCUUGUGAACUUAAGAUGUAUUGCUCUACAGGUGCACCUCUCUUUAUUUAUUGCAUUGCAAUUGAAGAAGCAUUUUUUUUCUAGUGAGCUGUCUUCCUCCUACACUCGACAGCAUCUUAUUUUAUGGACUUUGCUUGAGUCCAGGAGUGACGAGACUCAUCUUGAGCAGAAUCCUGCUUCUAAACUCUUCCUCUACAGCCACAGGGGAGAGUUGAUCAGGAGGGCAUUGAUGAAAAGAGGACUGAGUUGUGCAAGGAAGUGAAGGGCAAAGGCAAAAGAACCGAAGAGUGGGAAACGUUCUGCAGAUGGAGCACAAGGAAAAGAAAAAAUGUGUUUCCUUGCAUUGAUUAUCCAAAACCUUUUAUGGUAAAGACUGAACUACCAAGGGAGAUGAUUUCAUCAAGACAAGAAGCACUCAGAGGGAUGAAGGAAAUUAAGUUUUAAAAAACACACAUCCCAUUUUGCAAAAGAAGAAAAUCUUUGCUCUUGGUUAGAUAACAAGCUACAUAAGUAUUCUUCCAUUCUUUAUUCGCUUUUUAAAGACUGAUUAACAUGUUACUGUAAAGUACAUUUCUUGCUGGUUUUGUUUUUGUUCUAUUAAAUAUUUUUAAUAUACCGUAAAAACAGCC